AGGACAUGAAGGCAGCAGCAGGAGCUCAUCUGUUGGACAGGGAAACUAAUCAGGAGCGAAGUAAAGACUUUUCUGUACUGCUAGCUACUAAGCUAGUGAGCUUUCAAAGUCCGCCGUCCAUACGACAAAGAAAUACAGUUUAUUAAUGUCUCAAGAUGUCUUUCCUCUUCAGCACACAGCUUUUAGCCAUGUUUUAGGAGCAUUGUUUUGUUUUUGCGCCGAAAGUAGCACGGCGUACAGCCUCUGGCCAGCUGAAGCUUGCGGCUAGCUCAUUAACAUUAGCUGGGAAAUAAGUGCAAGUGGAGGCAAGAAAAUGGAGCUGGACGAAGUAGUCUUGUAUCAGGACGAGUCUGGAAACUCGACCAUGAUGUCCGAGCGGGUCUCAGGUCUGGCGAGCUCGAUAUACCGAGAGUUUGAGCGGCUGAUCGAGAAAUACGACGAGGACGUGGUGAAGGAGCUGAUGCCGCUGGUCGUCGCAGUCCUGGAGAACUUGGACUCGGUGUUCGCUGUCAACCAGGAGCACGAAGUGGAGCUGGAGCUGCUAAAGGAGGACAACGAGCAACUUGUUACUCAGUAUGAGCGAGAGAAAGCCCUGAGAAAGCACGCAGAAGAGGUGGGUUUCUUCAAAACUGUCAGAUUACAGUUGUAAAACACGUAUUAGAUGCUGUGGAGUGGAGAGGUUUAAUGCAGAACCUGGUUUUAAAAACUGGUAAUUCCGCGAUGCGAUGCCCAUCUACUACAAACGAUAACUUAUCAAAGAACAAUCAACAUUAUCCCGAGGUGGAUAAAAUAUUACUCAUUUCGGCACUCAUUCAGGACCCGAGAAGCUUAUUUUGGAGUUCAGGAUUAGGGGAGACCAGGGGCAACCUCAACCCUCAGUAUGUCAAACAAGAAAAGUUACAGUUAUGACCCUAAUAGUGCACAUGCUCAGUUGGAUUCUCUUAACUGAAGGGGUUCAUACCUUUUUAAGGGUAUAUUGUACUUUCGCUUUAACUUUCUGUCCCUAACCAUUAUUUUCAGGAUUAAUCUGCAUUAUAGUUCAGGCUGUAGUACAUCACCGGUCAAACUCAGAUAAAUAAGCAGUAAUUGGUUUGUUAAAUUUUUGCCUUCUCUGGACAAAAGCCCCCAAAAUACUCAUUUAAAGUGAUUCUGUUGUGAAAAUCAUCAUCAGAUCUUGAAGGAAUGACAGUCUUGCUGCUCUGUUAUUUCUUUUAGACCUCAAUGACACACCUGUCACCUUAAUUUCUGUAACUUCAUGUGAACAGAGCAGUCAGUGUUUAUAUAGUGACACAUUCACAGCCGUCAGGGUGCCACACUAACAAGCUGCGGUAGUUGAUUCAAAAUUUUCAGUGUGAUUAUGUGGUUUAUAAGUCAGUGUUCGUAGCUCUCUUCUGCUGCAUCACUCCUUAUGUAAAUGCAGGUGAUACUUUAUGAAACUACUACUUUGUAUGUUCUUGGCUGGCUAGUGUUAAGUCUUGAACGCAGACUAAGCCUGUGUUAAAUCCAUGGUACAAACAGGCAUGCUGAUGACAUGAAAGCAAUCCAUGGUUAAGUGUUUUGCGUAAGUCAAUUAUCAGGAUGGACUCACUUUUGGUUUUGCUGAAUGCUCUUAUGUGCAGCCCCCAGCCCCACUGUGCUGUUGUUACCUGUCAUCAAGUUUGAGUGAGCAUGCAUGGAGCUGCUGCUCCUCCCACCACAGUGAAAGUGUAACUUAAGCCCCUUUUGCUUCUUGACGUUGCUCAAAACCAGAGUUUUAAGGUUCACGGUAAGUGUCCAAGUGCCUCAAAACUCCUGUCAAGACAUCCACAGAAGCUCUUGUUCUGUAAAGUUGUAAUAAGAAAAGUCUUACCCCAGAAAACAGUGAUGGUAUUCAGUUAAACAAAACUUGAUCAAAAGUAAGCUCAUGUUCCUUUCUACAGUCAUUGAACUAAAUAUUGAUUAUAUUAUAUCAAUUAUUGAAUUUCCCUUCGAGGAUAAAUGAAGUCCUUAUUCGUAAAUAACUUGAGCUGAAGAACAGAGGAGUUGAUGGUCUACUGCUGCUUGGUUUUAUUAUUGUAAACUUCUAUCCUUUUAAAUAGUUAGUUCAGUCUCAAAGAAUGCUUUGUAACUCUGGCUGCUUAACUAUUCACAUCUUAACCCUGAUAAAUCACAUUUUCAAUCGUAUGUUUUAAAUCCCACUAUAUUUAAAAUUUUUUAAAAAGUUUUUAAGGUCAUAUUAAUAAUGUAACACAUUCUUGAUUGAGAAAUCAAAAGAGUGCAACUAAAUGAAUGUUAUGAUCCUGAAUUUUAUACCUAUUAUUAAUAUAAAUGCUGCGCUGUCACACCAGUGGAGAUCUGAAACGAUGAAUGUGUGAAACUAUCGCUCCCUGUGAUGGUAAGCACAUGGCUAGUCGCAACAUGCCAAGUCAAGGAUAUCCUCCCAGACCCAAGUCUUCUUCCUUAGUGUUGACUGGCUUUGGCUACAAUGAGUGCUAACUUCCUCCAUUCCGUUUUAUCCAAAAGUCUGUGGAGAUCGCCACACUCCUGAUUAUUGCUUCACUCUAACUCAAAGUAAUUUGGUGAUAUUUUAAUGUUGUUGACAAAGCAUUUUUCAAAGUGAAAUGUUUUAUACAGGAGCUCAGUGAUGGUUGUAUUUUUCAUCAUUACUGCAGGAGAAAGCAGGAAGACACUGUGCCUGCUAAAGUACAGUGUGCCAAAAGGAUCAAAAUAGCAUGCAAACUGAAACAAUGUUUAUGUCAGGUCUUUAUUGCAUUCCAAUAAGCAUGGUAUUUCUAACAAGCUGUAUUUUAGGGCUGAAAUAGUUCUUUUAAAUUUGAAUUAGAACUUUUAAAGUAUUCUAUUGAUAAGUACAAUCCUGCACUUAAACAUGUAUGGCUGUGGAGCUCUAUCACCAUUUUACUGUAUGUUUUAUUUAUUGUUACCAUGCUAGUCAUACCACAAACUUUGUGUAUCACUGAAAAAAUACUUUGUUUUUUUUGCUAUUUCUGUGCUUAUUUCCAAAUAAAACAGCACAAGCAGCAGAGUCCUUCUCACCUCUCAGUGUGGCCAAAGUUUCCUUUAGACUUCAUCAGUUUGUGAAUUCACUCGUGUAUAUUAAGCUCUGGCUGACUGUUAGUCCUCCUCCCACCAGUACAGAACUCACCUUUUUACUGUCUUUCUAGGUCACAAGUUUGAGUCAGGGUUUUUUUUCCCUAUAUUUUCCUGCAGCUUAUGUUGUUUAAGCUUGACAGGCUGGCAGCAGUCAGGCCGCACUGUUUCUGUUUUUUUCCCACUGUGCAGCUCUGCAGGGGCGUGUCAAGACGCUUUGACUUGGGUGGUACAGCUGACGCACAGACGUAGUUAGGGGUGGUCAGGGUGUCCUUGCACACACAGAUUAUUAGCGUUUACCCUCUCUGUUGUCCCGAUAUCAACUUUAAAAACUAACAAGUGUCAUACAGAUACUAUAUUUAAGUAUAAUAAUGUAUUAAAAGUCAAUGUAAAUUUGCUAACCUUGUGAGUUUAAAGGCUUUUUAAGGUGUAGUGAUUGGACAAGAUGAGAUAAUCCUUUGUUUUUACUCUAACAGGAACAUUUGUAUUGUUACAGCAGUAAUGGCAAGAAUGACUAAUUACCAGAAUAAUCAUUUGAAUGCUCAAUUUCUAAAAUAUUUGAGUACUGCAGCCCUACUGUAUAAAACCUUUUGAAUGAUAAUCUGAACUUUCCAGUUGCACAAAAACUGCUUUUACACAUGUGACUUUGAUGAUGCCAUUGUGCCCCUGAUAUUAGCAUUGUAUCUUCUACAGCUAAUUGCAGCUGCAAGGUCAUGCAUGCUGGGAAAAAAUCCGAGCUGACCCCUAUUCGCUUCAUUACAUCAAAACGUGGUUCUUGUAUUUACUUGGUGUUUGGAUACUUUUGUCUUAAAGUGCUGUUUGAGAUUCUGCAGGGGUGAGGGAUUAAAGUCUCAGUGGGGGAUAUUUUUUUCUAAAGGCUAACAUUUGAGUCUUAGACCUGGAGCUUAAAUGUUAAAACCACUGUGAUCUUUUUCAGGCCCAUACUAUAAGACUGUAAAAGGCCCAAACAAAUAUUUAAGUUGUAAAUAUUGAUACUUUGUGUUAGCUCAAGUUUAGCACCCACUCAAAAGAACAAAAAAAACCUCACUUGGGAUUUCCACUUUACAAAAACUGAAGAUCAGAGUUGCAGCAUAAUAGCAGAUUUUGCCCUUGUUCUCGUGUUGAGCUGCACCUGGAGGGAACUGUUUGAGUGUGUUCCUUUGUUGCCUUGAGAAAAUUCACUGAGUAUAAAUGGCAGUUUUUGCCACUCCUCAGUAUUAUCCAGCCUGUUGGCUCAGAACUAAAUAGUUAAAUGUUGAAUGACGAGCACAACAGGUCACAAAGCAGUGCAUGAAUAAUAAAUGUCAUGUCACAACAUGCUGCCAAAGCUCUCAGACAGACCUGUAGCAUGCAGGGUUUUCCACAGGUAUGUUAUAGGCUUGCUUGUAUUCGUGUUAUCUCCUCUGGCUGCUGUGUGUAAAAUACCUCAUGAACUGUUUAAGCAGUUUCUCAGUGAGUCAGACAGCCAGUCAGCUCUCAUGCAGGUGUGAUCAGUAAUAUUGUUAUGCUAACAUGGUGCCAUAGGUUCCUACACACUUCUGUGUAGGAACUUAAAUGAACAAUUACAUUCAGGAUGUGGAGUUUACAGCUAUAGGAAGUCCAGACUGUGUCAGGCUGAGGUCAAAGAAAAGAGCUCCUCAGUGUACCAGCAUCUUAUUUAAAGUUCACUGACGUAGCUAAGGAAAUAGGCAAUGACAACAAUUCAACAACAAGUAAAUAUCAUGUGCAUGCAUUAAGACGAUAGAUAUGCUUAAAUUAAAAGUUACACAUUUAACUUGGGAGGUGGUGAGAUCUCAUGCAGAUCUUUUGCGAGACAGUUUUCUGAGAACUGUUUGGUGAAUUUGUAAUUUUGAAAUGUAAUUGCGUCAUUGGAGUGAUAUGAAGGUAGUAAUCUAUCAUAAUGGAUACCAUGCAGUGGAAAAGGAGCAGCUAAAACUGCCACAAAUGAUGAAAAGCUAUUAUUUCUGCAGGGAGUGUGUUGAUUGGUUUUGCUGCAGGGCAUCCCACCAAAUUUUUCAUCUGAAAUAAAUAAUACAGAGAUCUUUGGAUACACACACAACCCGUGAAGGGAUGAUUGAUACGAGUCAGCUGCCUGUCACACUUUCUGUUGACAGAGACUCCUUGACCUGGAAGUUGGACAGUGCAAAUGUGUUGUAGAAGGCCAGGUAGGAAACAAAGCCUCAACAGAAGAUCAAGAAAGGGAUGUGGAUAAAGAGAAAGAUGUCAUAUUGUACGUGUGAAAGGGACAGAGAGUAAAAGUUGUCAGUGUUUUCAUCACACAACCUGUUAGCCUUUGUAAAGCUGAAAACAUACAGGGUCCAUAUUGAACCAGUUCCGCAAUUGCUCCAUAGAGCAGCCCUGGGUAUUGCAUGCAGGUUGCAUAUUUGGAGCGUGGCAGCAGCGUAGUGCAGCCCCGGUCAGCUGGGCUCAGUACAGAGGAAACAGCAUGCUCACAACAGGUUGUUUUGACUUUCUGUGGUCUUUGUCCUGCUAAUUUUGAUAUAAUUAAGUGACUGUUGAGCCUCUACUAUAUGUUUUGUUUUUUGCAGGUUUACUUGUGGUUAAUAAAGUAAACUGUGCUGUGCUGUUACCUUCAGAUAGGGUUAGGUUGGGGUCCACAUGGAUCAGGGAUUGACCAUCAGAUUGUUCUGUGUUACUGAUAAAUCCAUAACCAGGAAGUAUUUCUCAUCUACACGAACUGAUACACAGUCAGGAGUCUGCAUAUGUUGUUUUAUUUUAAAAUACCGGAUGACAUGCACGUUUUUUGUGCUUGACUUCCUGUCCAGAAUGAUCUUCUCUGUGUGUAUUGACAUGCAUUUGACGCGUAGAGAUAAGCGUAGAGAUAAGCGUAGAGAUAAGCGAAGCGUAGAAAUACUCGGCACAUAUCUUUGGCAGAGCUGCGCUCGAUACCCUUCUGAUACGGAGCUGCAAUGGAGCUGAGACGUGUCCUGUAUGCGCUCCUGCAUUGAAUAGAAUGGCAACCUAUUUGCUGCGUGAUUUGCGAUGCUGCUGAUACACGCUUAAUACGGAUCCUGCAUGUUUUAGCCUUAAUGCGUUUGUUGGUUGUUUUGGUGGAUGACAUAACAGGUCAACUAAAGACAGCCCAAUAGUUGCCAGAAGGCAUGUGCAACCUAGUGUAGCGGAGGCAAAAUAUACAUUUGUCAGUUAAUUGAUUCUUGCCCAAAGACAUAAGUCUGUACCACCGUAUUGUGCGAUAACAGUAGAUGGAUUAAACUUUGUAUGUAAACAUAAUGAGUGAUGUUCUACCAUCUGGGAGAUGUGUUAAAGUCAAUAUUGUCUUUUUAGUUUCAGAUCCAUUUGGGACAUUUUUAUUUCUCAAGAUGCAAAACUGUUACUGGGAACUCAGGAACCUGCUCAAAUCAUCACCCACUGUUUCAGGGGACCCACUUCAUUAUAAACUUUCUGCUUUUUCAGUGCAGACUCUCCUCCAGUGAUUAAGCCACUGCCAACCCUUGGGGGCAAAUGAGCAGCCUGGCACUGAUUCGGAUACUAAGCUGCUCAUUUGGGCAGCAGGUCACUGUAGCAGCAGAGAAGCAGAUUGAUCUUUCCAAACAAACACAUUGUAAGUCCGGCUUUUCUCUGCUACAGGCCCAGAGGAAUACCUCAUUUAGCAACUUGUCUCAGCAACGGAGAGGAAAAGGCAAGGCAGGAAAUUCUUUGAGAAAAACAGAACUUCCCUUCUUGUCCAGUUAGGGAUGUUAAGGCCCAGGCUGCUUACAUUUAAUGCAAGAGCUGUAUUCAUUUAUUUAUCAUCACAGUGAAAUCAGAAAUGCAGGAACAGCUGCAGAACAUUUGCCUGCAGUGAACACUGAACACUGGAGCACGACCUCAUGUGGCACGAGGAGAGUGUUGCCUGUAGUUUAAAAGCCAUAGCAAAGAUGGACUUUAUGCUAAUGCUAGUUGUCCCAUUGGAGGAAUGACCAACCCACCACUCACAGCUGCCAUGAAGUUUGGUACAGAUAUGCAUGUUUCCAGAAAAGUAAACUGUCUUCUGAAGUCCCUGGCUAAAAAGCAGACUGACAUAAUAACUAAUGUGCACUUUGAAAUCUUCACCUUCAGCAGUCAGAACAAUAAACCCUACCAAACAUGGACAUAGUCUCUUCUACAUCACCCCUGGUUUCUGAAGGGAUGUUAUGAAGCUCUGUGAUGGCUAAUGUAGACUUUAUAAAUGAUAAAGUUAUUGAUCAAUUCAAAUCUUUAAGCCCGGAGUCAUUAGAUCACAGAUUUCAUAUAACUAAAGUUUCAAGUCUUUGAAAGUUCUCUAGUUCAUUGAAUGUAAACGUAUUUAAAUAUGGCUAUGAUCUGCAGUUUCCCCAUUAAAGACGACCUACAUUAAAUUUUUUAAUGUUCUCUGGAUCAAAAUUUUCAUUAAUGGAAACAUCACAGCGUCAUAGUCAUGAUAAGCUGUCAAACCUGCUGGUAUGACGUCUGUCAUGUCUGUCUCAUAGGAAAAAUGAGAAGUCAAAGGUUUUUUUUUCCCAAGCCGUGUGCAGAUCUUGCAUUAAUAUACAGGCUAAUGAUAGACAGUGGAUUAAACUCACUUAGUGUUAGCUGUUCGUAUAUCAAAGCAUGAAUGAUAUAACCUGGAAGCCCAUCCAGAAUGCUUUUAAAGCAAACCCAGCAGACCCCCUCUCUUUACAUAGAUAGGGUGUGUAGACAAACGUUUAAUGAAACAUCGGUGAAUGCAGUGGGUACUUUAUGCAUCCCCAUACCAUCAGGAAUGCUCUCUAUAGAAAUGUUUGCUGGUAACAAACCAUGUGGAUGCAGUGUCCAUGAUUUCCAAAAAGAAUGUCAAAUUCUGAUCGGUCAGACCACAGCACAGUUCUCCAUGUUGUCCCAGUCCAGUACAUCCUGUUACCAGUCUGUCCUCUCUUAGAAGAGAGGAUGAAAGAAGUAACUUGCACUGCCCUUUAUUUAAGCUAACCCUGAACCUUUGUCGUAACAUCCCAGCUGCAGGUAAGCUAUGUUUUUUGAUCAUUAACCACAGGUUACUGAAGAUAUUUCCCCUGUUGUGAUUCAUUUCUGGACAAAUCAAAUCAACCCAACCACCUGUAUAACACCUGAAAGCACCCUCAAAUAUAAAUGAAAAACAUCCUCAAAGAAGACAUAAUACACCCUAGUCUUUGCUAAUCCAGCAGAAGGGUGCCCAAAAAGUCAGACAGCAGAGAUCAGUUGUUUAUGUACCUUUCCCAACUUUUAAAUACAAUUGAAUGCAUACCCUAAUGUGGUAGGAACCCAGCUCCACAGCAUGGCUGCAGACUUGUUCCUGUUCUAUUUGACCACUGCAAAGACGGAUCCAGCUAUUAACAAAUCUGUCAAUAACUCUGUUUUUGCUACAGGCUUACUUUCUUUAACCAAAAAUGGCUGUGUGGUUUGUUACAGUCUAAUCAAGCUGUGUAAUAGUAAUGCAUAAUUCUUAAGGCUCACUGCUGUGGUUCCUUGAUCAGUUCUGGGUGUCUGAGGCCGAGGCCUUAACACACUUCUGUUGUAAAUCCCAGCCCAGAGCUUGCAGCCAAACACACUAAGAGGAGUUGAUUUCCCUCUCUGUCGAUUGAGUGCCAGUAUAGUGGAGCCCUGUCUGUGUGGGUGUGCUCACACUUGUGUCUGAGCCACAUGUGUUUGUGUGUGUUGGCACUUCGGGACAAAGGCAGCAUUAUACAUGCAGUGUUAGAGGAGGAGGGCAGAGAGCACGUUAAACGCUGGGACACUCAUUCUCUGAAGCGUUGUCAUAUGCACAAGCCUUCCUCUGAGGUCAUAUGACGAGCAGCUGGGUGACAGAGCAAGAAUUCGGGAGUUGCUUCAGUGAUGAUGUAGUAUGUGCUGUCCAGUUUGCUCGUCUAAUGUGGUUUGGAUCAGUGGAAAUACAGGCCUUUUCGCCUUUUCCCCAUUGUUUUUCUGUCUGAGCUGUAAAGUGAGCAAAAACUGAGUCUAGUUACUGAUUGGCUGUCCUUAUGUUGUACUUUUGCAGAUUAGUGGGCACACCCCCACUCUGAACCCUGCUUUCUGCACUUAUGCCCGGUGCUGAGCUAAUGCUCUUAUAGAUUUAGCAGAUUUACAUAGAAAAUGCUGUAUAACUAUCAAUACCUUAGUUCUUAAGAUGCUCCUCCAGACUGGGCCCCCACAAAUCCUUUACCCUUUGCCCUGAAUAUAGCCAUUCAUACAAGCCAACUCCAAACUCAGAGAGGGAAAAAUAAUUGUCUUCUUUGUUUUGUUUUAUUUUACAAGAUACAGAGAAGAUUCAAAGAUGGUUUCUAAAAUGCAGACAGACCAGUUUCUCAGCAGGACUCUUCUACUACAGAGCCAUGCUGUUGUAAUCCCUUUUAUCAGAGUGUGGUUUGUCAUUGUCUCACUGAAAUAUGAAGGUCUUCCCUGAAAAAGUCGUUGUCUGGAUGGCAGCAGAUGUUGCUCCUAAACCUGUAGAUAUUGUUCCGUUUUAAUGGAGCCUUCACAGAUGCGGAAGAUACCCAUGACAUGGACUCUGGUGAUCCACAAUACUCUCAGGGAUACUGGCUUUGAAAAUUGGGAAGAUAACAAGCCAGGUUGCUCCUGUCUCUUGUUGAGAGAGGAUGAGAGUCCUGUGAUUUCCAAAUAGAACGUCAGAUGUGGUCAGUUAGCUCAGAGGUUUAAGCACAUACUAUAUAGAGACACUGUAAUUCUCCUUGCAGUGGUCUGGGUUACAAUUCUUUGCUGCACGUCUUCCCCACUCCUCAUUCCCGGAACUCAUGUUUGUCACAUAGGUGUCCAAAAUUUUCAGAUCAUUAUAUCUGAUUUUGUCUUUGCAUGGUGCCAAUUUACUUGCAUUUAUGGAUUCAGCUACAAAAUGAUCAAAGACAGUAGUUUGUAGAUGUGAUUUUGAGCCUAUGCAGUGAUUUCCAUGACAGAGCUCUGUCUGUUUCUAAUGCAGUGCUGCCUGAGGGCCUGAAGAUCAGGACCAUCUCGUCUUGGUCUUGGCCCUUGUCCCCAUUGUAAAGAGAUUUCUCAAGAUUCUUUUAUUUUAAAUUGAGCGCACAUUUUUUCAUAAAAACACGAUUUUUGAUAAACCAUCUCUUUUAUCUACUAUUUUCACUUAUGUAUGGGAUUAAAUGAUUUUGUAAACCAUUAUUUUCAUACAUCACACAAAGCACACCAGCUGUGCAGGAAUUGUGGUUGUAAAAGCGUCACUCUCUACAGAUCCACACAGCUACUAAUAAAAUAAUAAUGAGGAUGAUGAUUGGAUGUUUUUGUACUCGAGUAAAUGUAAUAAUGUGUGCAGUUCAAGCUUUGUAAUAUUAAAACUGUGUAUUAUAUGCCAGACAGUUCUGCGUUUAUUAUUCAUGCAUUAAGGUUGAGACAGGUAACAGGUAACCUUUUAUUACCUCAUUUAUUGACACUAUUUGAACAACUGGUGUUUUACCUCUGGGGUGGAGAGGAUUAUUCAGAACCACACGUAAAUGAAGACAGGAGAUCUUACUGACAGUAAGAAUUAAUGGCAUACACUUUUUUCAUGCAUUAUAAUUCAAAUUUUCUUAGAUUAUUUUGUUUCAGGUAUCCAAAAAACAUCUUUAUCAUGUUUGUACUCUCCAAGAAUGAAAAGUUCUCAGAAGCCUCUUUUGGAGUCACUUCGUGUCAGGCAUGACUCCAGUCUUGGUAGAACCUUCUAGUUGGGCUUUUUGUGAUGUUGACUCUUGGUCGACUGCAACAUCCACAUGUAGGGCGUGCACUGACACUGCUGGUCCAGUGGCGUCCAGAGUAUGGUAUCUUUAUGAAGAACAGGCUGCUUUGUUUUGGGCUCUCAGGUGACCCUCAUCUCCUCACAGAUGUCAUCAAUCUCCUGCUGAGGACCCUGCUACAGGGCAGCUUUUCCCUUGUGUGGACCAACAUCACAAGAUUAGCACGCUCCGACUGUGUCCGCCUGACUCAGCUGGUGUCAAUAAAUGAGCUCCAAAUAAGAAAAUGAACUCUGGGAGGGACACAAACAUUACUUUUCUCUCAUAAUUCAAUUGAUUAAGUUCUGUGAUUGCAUUUGUGAUACACAGUGUUUUGAUUUGUGUUAUAAUAAAUGGAUUAAUGAGUCUGAUUACUUGGUUGUCAUGAAACAUGCAGAGAUUAUUGAUAGGUCUGAAACAUGUAUUUCUUAAUUUAAAUAAAAAUAUGAAGUGGAUGCAGUUUGAAUGUUAAAGAAACAUAAAAAACAGAUGAUGUUUUUAAUAUGCACGGGCUGUUCCUUCACAGGCAUUCAUCAAACUUGUCUCUCUCAGGAAGUGAUUUAAGUUGUUGGAGUUGCAUCUUAAAUAUUGCAAGUUUCACUUAGCUCUUCUUUCAGUGUUGCCAUAACUGAAUGUGCGGUCUUGCUCAGUACUCCUGCUUGUCAGUUGCCAUGUUAGCGUGCAUGCAGGAUAACCAUGUGUCGACCCAAACAUGCUACAUGCAUAAGCACACAGACUGUUGGAGCAACUAAUGGGCCAAACAGUCAGAGGGGAGGUUGUAACAUUUGAAAACCGAGGGGCUCAUAUUUUUGAAGGCAUAUCAAAGUCUUUUGUGCCUUCAUGUUAUUGUACAGUUCUCUGAAAAACCAUUAUCAUUUGUCCUCUUGGUCAGAUUGAUCAAGCAGUGCGUCUGAAAUGUUGAAACAGAGUAAAAGUUGACUCUAAUGUUAGCCUUCUAAUGCUCUUAAUACCAGAUAAGUCAUAUGCUGCUGCAUUGAUUAUAUCUUGUUGUAUUGGGCAAGGUGAGUAACCAGAUUUCAGUUUCAACUAUAACUCUAGCUCCUCAUGAUAAAUAUGAUAAUCAGGACCGAUAGAUUUUUUUUUCCACCUGAGUUGUUAUAAAUUCACUCUCUUGUGUUGUUGUAUAAUUUCUCAUAUUUUUGGCCUGUGUUUACAGCUUUGUUAAUGUGUUUACUUUGUUCCAUUUCACAAAAAAUCUUUUAUUUUCCAGCAGUGAGCAGUGAUCAACCCGCAUUAAACAGUUUAACUGUUGGAGAGCUUUUGGGGUUAGUGCCUGUGGACUUGAUGCUGAAUCCACAGUUCUGUGCAGUGGUUAUUUUUGUUGCUCCAGAUAUAAAGAAGUCACAGUUUUUAGUCUUAAACCCCCUGAGAGGACAGCUGAGGUUAGGAACAACGGCUGCUGUGAAGAUUGAAAAAACAACCUCGACACAGCUAUCAUGUGCUACUAACUUGCAGAGGAAACUGUGUGAGUCUGUGUUUGGACUCACACACGCACACAAAGGCUGAGCUUUUAUUAUUUUUUUAAUCAGGAAGCUGGGGCUGUGCACCUGUUGUGUAGAGAGGUUAGAUAACUUUCACAAUGAACAGAAGACAGAUGCUGUAUGCACACUGCAGGCAUGAACACAUCACACAGGACUCAGUCCAACACAUCUCAAUUUCAGCCCUCACAGUUUUCAUCAGUGAGUAGGUUGAGUUCAGCCAGAGCUCAGUACAGCCACAGUAGGACACCUGUCCUCUGUUGCUGCUGUAAACAUGUCAUCAUGUUUAUCAGGAAUAAGACCUAGGCCUAGCAACUUAUGCAGAGUUUAAAAGAAAUGAAUUAUUCACGUGAUUUUUAUUAUUCAGUAAUUUUACUAAGACUUCAUCCUGAUCAACUAAUAUGCUGAUGGUGCUGUGAAUUCACUUGUUCAUAUAACCUACUGGAAGCCAUCCUUUCACCGGUACUAGAGUCACCUUUUUAAGGUCUUUCCUGGUCAAAAGUUGGGGUUCACUGAUGACGCCUCUCAUCCUUUUACAUGGACAGUAGCCUGGUGUCUUGCAGUUUGGUAAAAGCAUGGGGAUAACUGCAGGACCUGAGUGCUGUCCAGCUGUCAAGUUUGUCAGAACAAUCACUAAAUGUGAUGUGUGGAGUUUGAGUGAAAGCAAAAAAAGGGAAUUUCAUUAUGAGAAACACAGUUCUUGGCGUAUUACUUCAAUCAUAAAUGUUGUUUUUUCUGUUUUUGUGUCUGCAUCUGCAGAGAUACAUCGCUUUUGAAGACUCCCAGGAUGGAGAGAAGAAAGACCUCCAAAGUCGACUGGUGAUGUUGGAGUCACACACUCGUCAGCUAGAGCUCAAAACAAAGAACUAUGCAGAUCAGAGUGAGUCCGUCACACCAUCCAUCUCACCAGAGGGGCUGUACUGACUGGGUUAUUGGAAAGAGUAAAACACAAACACACACACAAACACACACACACACACAUACACACCAACACAUAGACUAGAUAGCAUUGAGUGUCUGCAGGUCUUGUGACUGUUUGUUAGCCUGAUGUGCCAGAGGGCAGAUGGUCAGCUGUGUUGCUGAACAAAGGCCGUUAGUAACAUACUAUGAGUGUUUGCCUGCCAAGUCUGCUAAAUGAGCUGUAAUUGAAUAGACCAAACAUGUGUCAGGCCCACAGAGGUUCAGGGAACUACAGGGGGAUUUAUGGAGCUUAGGCCCUGGCAAACUUUUUACCCUUGUCUAGAAACAAAUAAUUUUUUUGGAUUUGCUUAUGUACAAAACCCAAUUCCAAUGAAGUUGGGAAGAUGUGUAAAUCGUAAAUAAAAAUGGAAUACAAUGAUUUGCAACUCCUUUUCAACCCAUAUUCAAUUGAAUAUACUACAAAGACAACAUAUUUAAUGUUCGACCUGAUAAACUUUGUUUUUUUGCAAAUGAUCAUUAACUUUAGAAUUUGAUGGCAGCAACACGUGACAAAGAAAUUGGGACAGGUGGCAAAAAAUACUGAGAAAUUUGAGGAAUGCUCAUCAAACACCUCAGAGAAUCUGGAGAAAUCACUGCAUGUAAGCAGCACGGCCGGAAACCAACAUUGAAUGCCCAUGACCUUCGAUCCCUCAGGCGGCACUGUAUCAAAAACCAACAUCAGUGUGUAAAGGAUAUCACCACAUGGGCUCAGGAACACUUCAGAACACCACUGUCAGUAAAUACAGUUCGUCAAGACGUUCGUCACAUCUGUAAAUGCAAGUUAAAUCUCUACUAUGCAAAGUGAAAGCCAUUUGUCAACAACAUCCAGAAACACCGCCAGAUUCUCUGGGUCCAAGCUCAUCUAAGAUGGACUGAUGCAAAUUGGAAAAGUGUUCUGUGGUCUGACGAGUUUACAGUUCCAAUUGAUUUUGGAAAUAGUGGAUGUUGUGUCCUCUGGCCCAAAGAGGAAAAGAACCAUCAGCACUGUUACCCACACAAAGUUCAAAAGCCAGUAUCUGUGAUGGUAUGGGGGUGCAUUAGUGCCCAAGGCAUGGGGAACUUACAUAUCUGUGAAAGCAACAUUAAUGCUAAAAGGUACAUACAGGUUUUGGAGCAACAUAUGCUGCCAUUCAAGCAACGUCUUUUUCAUGGACACCCCUGCUUAUUUCAGCAAGACAAUGCCAAACCACAUUCUGCAAAAAAAAAAAAAAAAAGUAUAUGAGUUUAAACAUUAAAUAUCUUGUCUUUGUAGUGUAUUCAACUGAAUAUAGGUUGAAAAGGAUUUGCAAAUCAUUGUAUUCUGUUUUUAUUUACGUUUAUCACAAUUUCCCAACUUCAAUGGAAUUGGGUUUUGUAGAUAUAAAUGAUAAGGGUGUAGCUCUUCCAAUAUGUCACAGUAUGAUUUGCUUUGAUUUCAACUCUUGGGGCCACCAUCAAAUUCAAAAUUGAUUCGAUCCGAUUCAUGAUUUCUCACAGUGACAUAGUACUGCUCAUUUCUAGAUUUACUUCAGGCUGCUGUGACAUUAAAGGAAAAUGUGAAUGAGAUAAUACAGCUUCUAUAUGAAAGUUUUUACAAAUUAUUACAGUUGCAUAAAGCUUUUUAGGACCACAAUUGUCACUAAAUUUAAAGGGACAUUUUUAAUAUUUUUUGUAUAAUGACUGAAAGUUAAAUUGAAACAGCAAAUAGCUUCAGCUGCACACUACAAAACAUGGUUAAAUGGUCCUCAAGUCAAGUGUGUCUUAUCCGGGCAUCCAGAAUAAUUGUUUCAACAUUCUAUCCUGUAAGUUGUGUGUUUCCUUUUUUCAAUGGGGAUCCUUUUAUUUUUAAAGCAGACAGCUGCUGAAUGGCUCUCUCCAAACCAGCUGAUGAAAACAGAUCAUGACCUGGUAGAUUGUCUGUGUCAUUGUUUCACCACAAGGUUUUUGUUUCUUGGAUUCUGCAAAUAUCAGUGACACACACAUGAACACAAACCCCACAUGAUGUAAACGUAGCGCUAACUUGAAGACUCAGAAUGCGGUGGUAUUUUCAGGGCUUUAGGAGAAACCCACAUGACGUGUGCAUGACUGUGCAAUUGACAGUGUGUAUGACUGCUUUAUUUUAGACCACAGGACCAGAACACACGCCCUGGUGCUGAGGGAAAAUUUAAGAGAAAAUUUCUCAUCUCUUUACUGCAGCACUUCCUCUUUAUCUGUUGAGGAGUUUCAUUUGUCUCUAAUUCAGUUGGUGGACUAAUUUAGCAGCAGUGGGACUGAGAGUUACUUUGAAUCACCCUCGUGAAAAAAGGAAACUAAAAGAUGGAACAACAGGGAACUACCUGAACUGAACUUCCACAUUAUCAACAUUUUUUGUCAGUGUAAAAAUGAUCUUCAAGUCCAGCAAAAAUAAACAAAUACACCAUAUCUACAAAUAUACAAACUACAUUAAAACCUUUGAAUAAAUUACUUUAUUUAUAUUAACCUGCACUGAAAGACAGUCUAUCAUUGCCAACCUUUAGCUCUGGAAACCUUGUUGUUAUUAUAAUCAUCUGCUAGUGCUUCCUAACCUAAAGGACUGUGGAGCUGUUGAGUCGUCUAACUGUACGUUUCAAAAAUGUUAUAAUGUACAUGCUUGAUCAUAUAUUUUCCAAUGAGUGACAGACAAAUAGGCUUUUUUAUGCGGCUUCUACUAGGGAUGUAAGGAUCUCCUGACUUCCCAAUCAUUUUAUAGAAGGGAUUAAAGUGUGGAAGGAAAUUCAAAAGAAGAGCUCUGUUCUGGUUAAAUUCCCUUUUCAUUUAAAAACACUGUGGCUGCACUUUCAGAAAACAAGUAUUCCUAGAUUUAUUUAGUCAAAUUGCAUUUCCUGUUGUUUAUAGUGUUCUAUUUAAAAAUAACUGGCUUGAAUUUUCUGUAUUUAUUUGUAUUUUACAAAGAGUUUUACCUGAGCCAGACCUUACCACAAUGAUAGUCAUAUGACAGUCAUGCAGGUCUGGUAUGAUAUAUUUUUAUUUGUAACAUACUAGUAUUGGAUCGGUACUUGGUAUCGAUACUAACAGCACAUGUAUCUGAUCAUCUCUAUCAAUUUUCAUGACUUUGUAUCAGACCAGUGUUAUUUCUGAUUAACCUGUGAUCGCUGCUUCCUCUAUCAGCUCUCUGAGAACCACACUGAGUCUUGUUUUCAAUCACCGCAUGCAGCUGCUGUCUGAGCAGUCACUCAUCACAUAGGUGAACUCCAGGGUUAUUGAAACUUGGAAAGAAAAGGGGUUAUUUUUGACUUAAAGCAUUAAGUGUGAAAGUUUGAGUGAAUGAGAUAGACCUGAUGUUUGCAGACGCUCGGUACAUCAACACUUUUUUGUAUUACGGAGAAGAUUGAAGUUUCACGGUGAACCUCUUUGUGUUGAUUCUUUUGCUUGGCUGGCAACAGAAAUCACAAACAAGGACUGUUAGGCUGUUUUGACUACAAACUAAAGCCACCUGAGAGCUUCAGAGGAUGGAUAGCUGUUGAUACUGAAGGUGAUGGUUUCUCUGUACUUGGAUGUGUGGAUUCUUACUCCUGUUUUUCUGGUAUUGAUAAAAGGUUCAAUUUAUUUUAAUUUCUUUUGUUUCAAAGGAGACAUAAUAUUAAACCCCAGCUGACUUGGACUUCAUGAAACAACCUUUUUUAGACCUUUUAGAAAGACGUUCAGAAAGCCAUUUUUUAUUGUAGUCUAAAAUGUUAAUGUUUAUUUUCACCAAAUCAAAGCAGUUGCUAAAAAGAUUAAUCUGUUAAAAUGUAAAAAUGUUGACAACAGUAAAAGUUUCACCUUAAAGUGAAGUCUGAGUUUCAGAUUGAACUGGGUUUGUUGGUGCUUGGUCGCCCUCCUCUGGCUGUAAUGUGCUAUUGCAACAAAAGUUUAUUGCCGCCAUCCCAUGUACCACCACCACCACAGUAUAAACUAUAUACAAAGUAAACAUAUAAAUAUAUUAUGUAUGUAAAUAAUUAUUUAUUUACUCAAUUUUUUAAGGAUAUCUCACUAUAUCGGAUCAGAGAUUAGAUAUUUGACCUGCAUCACAGCAGCUCCAUUUACCAGACAACAAACAUAAAUACACAUGACAGAACAAUGUUAUUUGGAGGCCUUUAGUGUACUUUUAAUCAGGGGUUCAGCUCAGUAUUCAACUUUUUAAUAGACUGGUGUUUAAAAGAGUGCUUCAGUCUAGCCUAAUAUAAAUGUGGGAUCCUGUAUGUCAGAAUUGAUGUUGACAAGUUAACCUUGUGGUGUUACAGUACUGAAGGAAAAAGCCACAGGUGUGCCACUGUAAGAAGUAAAAAAAAAAAACAGAAUUUGUCUUCUCAUCCUGAAAGAUCUCAGCUGAUAGAGGUAUUCAAUUUUCUGUUUCAUCUUUUAAUUUGAUCUUUCUGAUAAAACAAGUGACUGAUUAUUUACUCAGAGUGUUUAGAAGACAACAUUUGGAAUCUUUCGUCAAAUAUGCAAAUAGGAGCUUUUUAAGAGACCACUCACUGUGUGCUUUUCUUUUCCCUCUAGUCAGCAGAUUGGAUGACAGAGAAGCAGAGCUGAGGAAGGAGUAUAACACUCUCCAUCAGAGACACACUGAGGUAUGAUCCUCUGACUUUGUCUAAAGUUUUCUCUGUAAUAUAGCUUAGGAAAUGUUAUCAUUUAUUUUCAACAGCAUAAACUGGGCAUGACUGACAUUAUUGUAACACUACAGAUCUUACAGAGCCGCUCAUAAAACUAAUAAAAACAGUCACCAUGGCCAUGUAGUCACAGGGUGAGGCUCAAACAACUGAAUGUUAAACUGCAAAAAAAAAAAAAAAAACGAACAAAACCAUCCUUAAAACUCUGUAUUCAGUUUUUUGCAUGCUAGUUCUUACUGGUAAAUUAAACCUGUUCACAUGGUCGGGUGUUGUUAACAGUCCAUGUCUGAGAAGAAAACACACUCAGAUGUCACUGAUGCUGCUGGUCUGCAGAGAUACUGAAAUGCCGCUUGACCAGUUUGGAAAAUCUCAGCAUGUCCUGUGAAAAGGUUCUGGAUCCUGAUCCAGACUGUCAUGGUGAAACAGGAGCUUUAGGAGACCUGCCUCACUGCUGCAGUCUUCCUGUAACUCUUCUGCUCAGCCCAACACCUUAAACCAGGCUGUUGACAAUACUUUAAAGUGCUUUAAGCUUUUAACUUCACACUAACAUCUGAUUGCACUAUGAGGUCACAUAAUGGGCUAGAUUGUAGACUACAGUCAAAGACUGAUUUAUGAAGUUGAUCAUUUGUUAUUUAAAAGAUGCAGCUGAAUUUACAACAGUGUUUCAUUGUUUUUGUGUAUGUUCAUUCAACUGCGCCACCCUGUGGCUGAAUUUUGUAAGUCAGUCAUAAACAAAAAACCACAGGUGUGCGUCAAAGUAACCAGUUUGCACCCUGGGCCACCACUAAAAAACUGUCAAGUUCAGCCUUUUAAAACAAAUUACAAGCAAAUAUAAUGUGUAACUUUCAUUUACAGAUGCACUUGUACAUGUGCUUCAACAGCAGUGCAUCCAUACAGCACUAAAUCCACCACAGCUCACACAGGAUAAUUAACUAUAUGUAUGGCAGAAGAGCUCAGGUUAUUCAGGCUCAGCCCUGUUUGUGCUCAGCCUCUAGUCUGUUGAACUCUGGUAUUCAUUAUACGUCACUGACAGAAGCCCCUGAGUCUGAACAAUCCUCUUCAGUGGCCCACUACUGAGAUGACUCACGAUGAAACGACGAAAUGGCAGUCCAAUGGAAAGACCACACACAAACACACACACACACACACACACACACACACACACACACACACACACACACACACACACACACACACACACACACACACACACAGUUUGCACACCAUUGUUAAAAGGCAGGCUGUCAGUAGUCAUGACACACUCCUCAUAUGUGAGUCAUUGAAGUAAUAAUCAGGACUGCACAGCUCUGGAUUAUUUAAGAUUGAUGAUGUGUUGAUAAUUUCCAACUAACUGACAAAAUAAAAUAAAAACUCUGACGCAAGUCACAGGUAAUUGUAAGUGUGUGGGAAGACGCCACAUCUUUUAAGUAUACAGUGCCACCUACUGUGUCAUGUUGGUAGUGAAUUUCAUGACUUCAUAUGAAGAGUCUGUGGCUUAUAAAAAGCUCCUCAGACGAUGUUUGAGUUUCUGUUGAUGUUGAGGACCCUGUGCACAAAAACAGUACCUCUACACUCUUUGCUGGUCUUGUGCUGAACAUUUAUGUUCAAGGUUUUCUGAUGUAAAAUGUCAUUCUGUUUCUUUGAUCAGUCAAUCAUUCACUUUGAAUCUUUGCUGUGAAAAAUGUCUGAAAAGGCUGUUUUAGCUGCACACUGUCUAAAAAUAGUUGGAGUCACUACAUAGGCUCAAGAACACUUCAAGAAUCCUUGACUGUGAACACAGCUCGUCACUGCAUCCACAAAUGCAAGUUAAAAAACCUCAUGCAAAUGUGACCCUGAAAAAAACAGAGAUUUCUCUUGGCCUAAGUCCCUUAGAUGGAACGAGACAAAGUGAGAAACUGCUUUGUGGUCUAACAUUCUUGUUGGAAAUCAUGCAUGCCCCCGUUCAAAAGACCGUAAGCACCUCCCAGCCUGUUCUCAGCGCACAGUCCAAAUCCAGCAUCCCUGAUGGUAUGGGGAUCAUCAGAGACCAUGUCAUGGGCAUCGUCCACAUCUGUGAAGGCUCCAUUGAUGCUAAACAAUAUCUACAGGUUUAGGAGCAACAUCUGCCGCCAUUCAGACAAGGACUUUUUAAUCACAUUUUAACUCCAGCAGAUUUCAUGACUGUGUGUUUCAUAAUGUUGCAGAUGAUCCACAGUUACAUGGAGCAUCUGGAGAGGACUAAACACCAGCAUGCAGUAACACCAGCAGAGCACUCAGAGACGGGCACGGGCCCAAGCACAUCAGCCAGAAUAAGGUGAGAUAACUAGAUCACACAACCUCAGUCUGCUCUGUGUCCACUUCAAGUUUAACACAAGAGCUAAGAAAUCUUCAAUACUAUAAACACUGAACAUGAAACUGAACAGGUUGAUUCUCCUUGAAUAUCUUCUUGUUUGGAUUUUCAGGUGAUUUCCAGGGUUGUUUGACAUUGUUUUGUCCACUAUUGUGGGUUUAUUCAAGAUAUAAUCAAAGAUUUACAGUUUCCAAAAACAUAUGUCUUACUCUGUCAUCAUAUUUGUAGAAUUUAUAGAUCGGUAUUAUCAAAUCUCAAGACCUGGCUGUUUCAGAAAUGGUGCAGAUUUAACCACUGCAGGCUCUCCUCCCACACACAUCCAGUAUAUUUUCCCACAGGCAAGAGGGAGAACUAGGUCAGAGGACCUGCAGAGAGCUGUGAUGUAAAGGAAAAGGACAAACGUAACACUCGCUGAAAGAAAUACAAAGAUUAGAAAUGUUGCAGGCAAAAAGACUGUUGAGUUUUAAAAAGGAAAUUAAAAUAUGAAAACAAAGUAAAAAAAAAAAGAGAGAGAAAUACAGAAAUAGAGUACAGUGAAAAGGAGAUAAAGUGGAGUUCAGUGGGACUGAUGAAGGAUGCCGUGGAUGUUGUGCAGCUCAAGGCUGGAUGAGCUUUGUGGUAUAUCGCCCUUCUGCAGAGCGGAAUCUGCCUGCUGCAGGAAGUUGGUCUUAAUACUCACUGAGUUGAAUCCCAGAUUUCACUUGUAACAUUUCAACACUGUCAUAAUAAAAUUGAAGAAUUUGAUACUAUUUACAUUCACUGUAUAAAGUCAAAAAAUUGUUUUCUGGGAUGGUGCUGUAUGUUUCUCUGCACACUGCACUGUGUCUGUGAAUCCAGGCUGAACUCUGUAUUUCCUCAGCCUUCAUUAUCUUUCCAGUUAAAGACAAGUCACCGCCACCCUCACCCCCACACACACACACACUUUUUAAUCAGCCUCUCUGUUUUGCAGCCAGUAAGCUGCAGUCUGAGUACAGGCAUAUGGAACGAGCUGCCUCAGCAUCCAAAAGUGUGUGAGAGAAAUAGAGAGAGAGGGAGAGGGAGACAGAGAGAGGGAGGGUUGUUGGGUGCUACCAAAGUGAGAGAGUGAGAGCGUCAGAGUGUUCUGGACUGCGCAGCAGCAGACGUGUUGCAUCUCAGCUGAAGAUCGGGAGAGAGAGGGAGGAUAACAGAAUCACCUGCUGGAGGAGGACUCUAGAGGAGUGGAGCUGCUGCUGCUGUCAGCCUCUCUCAGGGUCUGCUGCUCUGCUGUAAUCAGUCUCUACUGCUGAUGCCACCAGGAUUACUGCUGUUGUGACUGCUGUUGUGACUGCUGCUGGUAGACUGCUCUGGAUUUAACCUGCUCUCUGUCUGCCUCUCUGCUGAUCUGCUGCAUAUAGACUCUGCUGCAUUACUGACUCAAGGAUACAGCUUUAUGACCUCAGUACAUGAGUUUACAGAUGCUGACGUUCAAUCAGAUGGUUCAGUGACAUUUACCUUAUCUGCUGCUAUCACCCGUGCCCCCCAAACCUUCUGGUCCCUGUUUAGGCACUGGGCCAUCAUCUGGGGGGGCCAUGAGCCCCGGGUGUAUGCUGCUGUUUGUGUUUGGCUUUGUUGGAGGAGCGGUGGUCAUCAACUCUGCUGUACUGGUCUCUCUGUCUGUGCUACUGCUGGUUCACUACUCAGUUUCCACUGGCGGCUUACCUGCCCUGCCUCCCUUACCCUCCCUACCCAGACCCUGCAGGUAGUUCCCGUCUGUGUGUGUGUGUGUGUGUGUGUGUGUGUGUGUCUGUGUGUGUGUGUGUGUGUGUGUCUGUGUUUCUGUGUGUGUGUGUUUGUUUCAUCUUAAUUUGUCUUCUUUCAUUGCAUCUCUCCUGCUCUGAUCUGUGUUUCUGCUGCAGCUGCCGGCUGGUGAACAUGCCGUCGCAGUGCUCCUCUCAUGUGGGUGUGUUACAGUGUGAGACAGCAUGCGGAAAGUAGGUCAGGAGAGAAAUGGAAAAAAGGCAGAGUCAUACCUGAGAGAGAACAACACCUUAGUGACAUCCAGCUCACCAGAGUUUAUAGGAUUGUUUAUGUCCUUUUAUUUCUACAAAAUCGUAUAAUUGUGUUGAUGUAAUGCCAGGACUGUGAUAUUUUCCUUCAUCCUUCGACUCAAAUACAACAAAAGGCAGCAAUGGUGACAAUCAGUGGCCUGCAUGUGACCUCCUCCCUCAAUAUGGUGGUGUGUCCAUUGUUUUUGGGUUGCUGUUUUUUUACUGCUGCCCGCCGGCUGUUCUUUUCACUGUGGCACCCAUUGUUCGGCUCGCCCUGUCCAAUAAUUCUGAGAGUAGCUGUUGGUUUGUAACUGGGCUGUUGUAGCAGAGUCUGUAGUGAAUGUACUGUAAUGUGUCUCUGUUCAUAAAUACUGUCAGUCUUUAGUGCCCAGAGUUGAGAUAGAAGUUGGAAAAUGAAAAUGUUUUUGCAAGAGAGUGUUUGCAAAGAGUAUCGUGUUUGUUUUAUAACAUGGAGUUUUUGGCAAGUUUUAAAUCUUAUCUGUAAUUUUGUUUAUUACAGUCCAAAUAACAUCCAACAUCAUGCUAUACAGAGUGAGAGAUAUUGCUCCUGUUAGUGUGCAAUCCUAAUCCUACAGGAGUUAGGAGGCUGUGUAAACAGAAUUUGAUGGUUUGUAAAUAAUUUAAAAUUUCCUUUUUUAUGAAAACAAUGAAAAGAUCACAAAUCAAAUGUAAAAAAUACAGGCUGAGUUUAUAUCAUGUUAGUGAGCCUAGCAGACCAGUUUCUGGAGUUUGGAAGGUGAAAUAUCAGCCUAUUCUUGCCUGAUAGAGGGUUCCAGCCACUCAACAGUUCAGGGUCAUAAUGCUCCAAAUGUUUUUAAUGGGGGACAAGUCAGGACUGCAGGCAGACCAGUUUCUCAGCAGUACUCUUCUCCUACAGAGCCAUACUGUUAUAAUCCCUGUUGUCAGGAUGUGGUUUGUCAUUGUCUCACUGAAAUAUGAAUGUCUUCCCUGAAAAAGUCGUUGUCUGGAUGGCAGCAGAUGUUGCUCCUAAACCUGUAGAUAUUGUUCAGGAUUAAUGGAGCCUUCACAGAUGUGAAAGAUCCCCAUGACAUGGACUCUGAGGGUCUCCAUACCAUCAGGGAUGCUGAUUAAAAACUGGGUGGUCCCUCUUCUCCUAUGAGUAAGGGAUUAGGCAUCCAAGCUUUCCUCAUCAGUUAACCUCAUCAGUUUGGUAUAUUCUUUAAAGUUAAAGAACAACAAUGUGUAGCUUGCAUCAAAUUUAAAAUGUCCUCAUUCAUAAAAAAAUAAAAUUUCCAGUUUCAACAUUUGAUAUAUUUUCUUUGGUAACACUUUACAAUAACCAUAAUUUAGAAAUGGUAAAUAGAUAGUUUGUUAAUGUUUAAUCAUCAUUUAAAGACAGCAUAUGGACCAAUUAUAAAUGGCAAAUAGAGAGUUUAUUGAUGUGUGUUAAUAGUUACUUUACCAUUAACAAGCAAUGAAAUUAUGAUUAAUGAUUUUUAUUAAUUGUUAAUGGACUAUUUAUGAAAGGUUCAUAUGGGGUUAAAAUAUUGGUUGUGAAACAUCUAGAUUAAAAUGUGCGUCAGUAGCACUUUGUAAAUGGUUAAUAUUUGGUUUUUAAACCAUCUAUAAACAUUACUUAGAUGGUUAUUAUAAAGUAAGGGCAAUGAAACAUGAAUAAACUAUCUGCUUGCCAUUUAUAAAUGGUCUAUUUACCAUUUAUAAGUUUUGGUUAUUGUAAAUUGUUAACUGUCUUUGCACUGUUUUCAGUCAGAUGUUGGCUUUAAGUGAGCUAACCUGAAGUCUGUUUUAAAUCAGUGUUUUCCAGUGUCCACUCUGAUGUAGUUGGAAUUGUAAGAAAAAAAAAUUUAAAGAAAAAAAAACCUCUUGAGUUGCUGCUGUGUCAUGUUCUUGGAGCUGAACAUCAUAAUUUUGAAUGUUUUUGCCUCAGUGUAAAGUUACCUUAGGCUGAUCUCUUUCACAUUAUCUCACAGUGAUCUCCAUCAUGCAGUCAGAUACAAAUGGCUUGGUGUUAUUGCCUGAGCUGGUAGGAGGGAGGUAACUGAGUUUAUGAGACAACUAGCUUUAUUUCACUCCCCACGGCUCCAGUGCCAAGCUUUGCAGCAACAUCUCUGUGUGAAGUCUUGACGUCACAUUAUUUAUGUAGCCUCUCUGGUUCGAUUAUGUAAACCUGCUUUAAAUUCACUGACAAUAUAAAACCUGCUCAUUCAUUUUAUCUAAAGAAGAAUGGAAAUGAAUUCAGGCUGCAAUACAGACAGACUCUUAGUUAACAUAAGCUCCACUUGCUGUUACAGCCUUUCUACUAAGAGUCACUUUCAACAGAGAGGGGAUGAAGGAAGUCCAAUGAUGGCAUGUCCAUCCUGCUGCAACCUGAAGAAUACCAUCUACCAAACCACUGACAUAUUACUAUGAAUUAAAGCUUCAUCAUAAUAAUAGAGAGUUAAGUAGUCCAAUAAGCAUGGGCACCUGCAGCAUUAAUUAACAGACCAUGAAGAAAGAGAGCAGAGGGUGCUUCACUUCAAGACUUUGUCAUGUCUUUAAUGCAUCAUUAUGGCCACUCUUAACUCACCUUAUUCAGAGUAACAACUGAACCUGCACACUUCACAACAGCCUUUCAAAUUAUGGUGCUGUGGUAGACACAACUUAUCUCCUCUCUGACGUUAGCACCCAGUAGCAAACUGUACUGUGUCCUCGUGCACACAAAACACUAAAUCCACCUUUGUAAUUAGGUGGUUUUUGGUCUUACAGCCCUCAUGUGGGGUAUUGAAGGACCAAGGGUAAUGCACCGUGCCCCAUGGGCUUUUGGUGCUUUAGACAUACAUUGAUUACUGUGCCAAGUGCAGAUACAUUAUAACAGAACAAUAAUCUUCAUUUUGUAUUUAUUGAGAUCUUUAUGAAGGACAUGAAAACAUACAUAUCCAGCUAAUUUAUAUUGCAUGUAAAGUUUUAUUAUGAUUAAAAAUAUAUACAUAUAUUUUUUUUUAUUGAUCCAAAUCCAAAAAAUUUUAGGGGAUCCAAUUUGACUUGUUGUUGGUUCAUGAUCCAAAGGGAAAGAAAAGCCUGCUUUAGAGCAGCCAUCAGGUUAAUAAAUAAUUUUACUGCAUCAAAUACUUUUUUAAACUCUGUAAAUGAUAACAUCCCAGCAGCUUAUUAGCAAAUAUAAUCCUGUUUUGAAUAUAGCUGUGAAGCUUUCAUCAACAGUCAGGCUGAACUGAAUUGGGGCAGUCUUACCCUAGACAAUUACCGCCAUUACCACCCUGAUGCUGGUGUCACAGUGCCAAGUCACGUACAAUGACCCUUUACAGUGACAGUGAAGUACUAAUCCUAUCCUAUACAAGUGGCCAGCUGACAUGAUCAAAAUUUCAAAGAUAGAUUUUAGUUGCAAUAUGUUUAUCUGUUAUCACACUUAAACAGCUCCUUAUUGAGAAAAAAACAAAUGUUAUUGAAAAGUUCAAUACUUAGCUGUUUGAGAGUCGGAGGUCAUGUUUGAAUAGAUGUGCAAAGAAUCAUGGGAUAUGUUCGACUGCAAAGGAUGCACCAGAUGUGAUCAUUGCUGCCCGGGAAAAGCUGGACACAUUUGUUGGCUACAUUACAAGCCGUUGGAGGAAACUAUGCACAGCCUUCAGUGGCUGUAGCUUCUUUAUUUGGGCCGGGGUGGAUAUUGAUUUUGCUUAUCAGACCAGUUCUUCAUCAAUUCUGUGUGUGUGGAGAAAGUCGGCCUCUGCAGGUUUUCUGUGUCAACAACAUGAGUUUUAUUAUCUUCACUGCUCUGCUGAGACAAAGAGGCCUGUCAUCGUAUUCAGUAUUCGCAUUUUAGCUGACUGUAGAUACAGACUCUAACUGAGUUUAACAAAGGUUGCAGCAGCCUUCAGUUAGCAUGGUCAGCUAACAAAAGAAAGCACACUUAAUCACCGAAACUGAUACAAAAAGCAUCACAGAUUCUGUAUAUUAAUAGUGGAUUGGAUUUGUACAGUCUCUAAAUAUACACCGAUCCUCUUUGUGGGGCAGUAAAGCUCCUGAAUAUUGCAGAUAGUUUAUUACUGGAAAGCUGCCGGUCUAACGAAGUGGGUGGAUUUUACAGUGAGUUGGUAUAUAGAUGUUUUUCUGAUAUUGCAAACACAACGGUAUUUGGUGUUGCACCAGCGUUUUGGAAAGCUUCUAUCCUCUGUCCCUCGUGAUAGGCUGUCAUUUUUCUCUAGAGACGCGUCACAUCGUUGUUCUGCAAGGCAUGUGUGACAAAAUGGACAUCAUCAAUAAAGGGGCCGUGAUGUAUGAUGAGAAAUGAUCUCAACAACUUAAUCUAGUUGGAUGAGGUGCUAGUAUGGGACACAGCUAAAGGUUGGGAAUAUGUAACAUACAGUUAACACACAGGCUGUAGCAUUCAACUUGAAGCACCCCUUUGCCUGACUACAGCCUUUUACCGUAUCUAUGAAGGCUCUUUGUCCACAUGCUCUUUUAUAGUUAUAAACUAUAAAAGUUAUACAGUUAUAGCUCUUAUAUAGAAUAUAAAGAACAUCGAGAACAGUAGUAACUUCUUCUCUUUUCAGGGAGCUCGUCACCUUUCUUAAUCAUCUGUCCUUCUGUCUGUCUCCUUACUCAGGAAGGAGCGUCCAAUCUCCAUGGGCAUAUUCCAACUUCCGGGGACUGAUGGUAUGACCCCUGACCCCCAGAGGGAACCUGUGGACACUUGCUCUGAACCAUGGCGAUUUAACAACCUCAGCCAUCCACGGUCCAACACCAGCCUCAAGGUACAACAUGAACUAAAAGACCAAGUCACACAAAUCAGUCCUGCUUUUAAAACCAUGAUGAAUCUGUGAUAAAGAGAGCAUAGAGUUACUGUCUCAAGUCAGCCAGUAGAGCUUCCCACGGAUCAUACUGGUGGUGACAUCAUCCCCAUUUCAUUUAGAAGAGGUUGUGGAAACUAAAUGCAAACACCAAAGAAAGACUACAUUUCCAUUCAAAGAGAAGGAUUGUUCAGUGUGUCCAGAAUUUUUAGCAGCUUGUGUCAGAGAGAGUGUGUGUGUGUGUGUGUGUGUGUGUGUGUGUGUGUGUGUGUGUGUGUGUGUGUGAGAGAGUGAGUAACGGGGUGGCCUGGAGCCCAGCAAGCAGAGGAAGUGGUACCAUUCGGGGCCUUCCUUUCACCUAAAGGGGGGUUGGAAAGGACAGAGUGUCUUCACAUUGUUGCUGUUGGAAACCAUGUUUGAAGCAAGGCUCCUUCGUGAAUAUUAAUAACCUCCUCAUGAGUAUUCAUUGGCUGUUAUUACACUAGUGCAGGGUCACAUGGGUGGUGUAAGACUUGAGACUCAGUUUGGAGCUGAGGAACUUAAAUUUGAAGCCUGAUAACAGGGUUUGUGCUGAGUUGGUUCAUUACAGGUCACCAAGCCGGUUUAUUGGUCUGUCACUGGACUAUGAUCAACGUAAAUACAAAGAGUUAGGUAAAGUGUAAGAAAACUUUGCGCCUUGAACCUCGAUACAUGAUACUUUUCUUCCGGUACAAUAAAACCGAAUCCCAGGUUCACAUAUUUCAGGGUGUAAACAAAGACAAGUUGACUAGAAGUUGAAAAAGGGAUUAUGUCAGAGUGAACAUGCUAAUAUAUGAACUCAUAUUCUCUUUAAAAUGAUAUUUUUGUAUUUUUAAGGGGGCGGGGGGCGGGGGGGGGGGGGGUAUAAGUUAGAUGUCACUAGCAAGUGUUUAAGCCACAAUGGAUGACCUUCAUCUCGGCUCUCUUACUGCCAAACUCCUUGAAAAACUGCUAGGCUACAGUUUUCUGCUCCACUGAGAAUUUUUUAGCACUUUACUUUGCCAUGAGAAACCAGAAAUAAAACCUUGGCCGUUGUGACCCUAAAGUGUGUGAAUUAUCAUAUAAUUAACUGAGGACAUGCAGUCUUUCCAGGCACUUGCAGCAUGAACCCACAGCCCUGGUUGUGUUUUGUCCUCUGAUUUGACAUUUUUCAAAAAUCGCUGUCAGUGAUCCCUUCCCUCUCAGCUUGCAUGUGUGAGUCUUUUUUUGAGGGUUGGGGUUGAGUCUUGGGGAGUUUUCCCCCUAUUGGCUGCUCAGUGCGACUAUGGCAACAAAAGAGUCAGGUUUAGAUGAGGGUUGUGAAUGCAAAAACUCCCGGCAGUACAAAUACAAAUACACAAAAGUUUGAAUGACUUAAGACAGUAAAAAGACAGGGUUUAAUUAUCUAACAUGGUUCAGUUUUAUCUCUGUGAAAGCUUCAAGUCUCAUCAGUGGUGUGGAAGUCACACUACCCCCACUCAUCAGUUUUCAAGGUGACAGAGGGAUCAGUGUGGAUGCUUUGUUGUCAUCCCGAUUGAUUCUUUUCCAUCAGCCGCUGAGCUAUAUAUAGGACUGAAGCCACUUAAAUUACUGGAUCAAAACAAUACAGAAUCAGAGGGCAUGCCACACAGUGUUGCAGAGAGCUGAUGAAACCCCAGUGUUUGAGUGGAGCUGAGCUUCCCAGGACAUCUUUAAUGACUAUUCAGCUGUUAGGACAGGAAUGCAUGCUCAUUCAUGAACAUGUUUGUUUCUGGGGAGGUCUGAUCAAAAGAUGUGCAGUCUGCAGCAGUAAACGUGAACUCUGACCCACGAAUAGAUGAUGACUACAUGAUCACAGAACAGUGCAAAUACACGUGCAGAUGUAUAGCACUUAAUUUGAUAAAGACAGGUAUAUAAAAAAUUUGGUUUAGCCAUUUUAAGGUUGUCAUAGGAGUAUUUAAUAGCCACUGAUGUUCCAGUAUGUAUCACAACAUACUGUAAGUCCUUUACUGGUAUUAGUCAAUGGAGCCUUACAGUACUCUUUGACACAGCUGUCUAAGUAGCUAACUUGCCCUGUUUUGGUCCUGGUUUGACUGGUUUUGUACCUAAAAGAUCUCUGAAAUCUCUCAGCCUGGUGACCAAUUCUUCCUCCGGAGUGUGGAAGGUGAGAGUGUGAAGGACACUUUGCUCCAUCAGGAGGCCGAUCAGGACCAGGUAGACCCUCAAGACCAAGUCUAACAAAAGCAUCUCCAAACCUUGACGUGAUGUGAUGUUAAGUGGCUGUGUUGCUGACUUUGCUGUGGUGUGAGUUCAAACAAAACUGCAAAAAUAGUGGCGACUUUUCUGAUGUUCUUGAUGUCAGAUUUGUGAAACCUUCGACUCAUGAAAGUGGAGUUGCCUAUGAGAUUUGUGAAGGAAUCCUGCUUGCAUGUUAUGGUUUGAUACAUGUUAUUGUUGGUUGGAUGCAUGACUCACUGGGACUAACAUGUUAUUUUUUAUUGUAAUGAAUGAAUUUAAAGAUAGUCAUGUUAUUGUGCAAACUCAUAGUUUUAUAGAAAGUGAAAGGGAGAUGACUGAAGUGAGCUUUUUCUGAACUACCAGUUAAAGGAGAUGGACCACCAGGCUUGUUCUCAGCUUCCAGUCCAAAGCCAGCAUCCCUGAUGGUAUGGGGAUCAUGAGAGUUCAUGUCAUGGGUAUCUUCCACAUCUGUGAAGGCUCCAUUAAUCCUGAGCAAUAUCUACAGUUUUAGGAGUAACAUCUACUGCCAUCCAGACAAUGACCUUCAUAUUUCCUCAACUAAGAAUGGGACAACAUUUCCUAUUCAGACUCCAGUCUUCUUCAUUGUAAAUCAAAUAUUGAGUUUAAAUGGUUUGCAAACAAUCAAAUUCUAUUGUUAUCAAAGUUUUACCCUGCAUGCUAACUCUUCUGGAAAUGAAGCUGUACAAAAGUCAGAGUGUUAUCUUAGACUGUCCACUAAAGGUGAAAACUCACAUUUUGAAGCCCUCAGUGAUGGGCAGUACUCGAUGGACCCAUGAGAACCCAUAGGUGUCCAUCUCAAAGUGUCAGUCUCAUCUUUAUUUAUUGUCUCUUUCUCCGCUUAGGAUGAAUUGGCUGGAGCUCGUGGAGGCUCCAAGUCCAGCACACCAACAAACCACGGAACCAUGUCCAAAGGUGGAACUCCUGUGUCUACACAAGCUGGAGAAUCCAAAUCCAACAUGUCAUCUCAGGGUGGAGCCUCCAAAUCGAACACCCCAACGUGUAAUUCUCAGUCAACCACUCCACUAUCUCCUCAUGAAGCAGAGUCAGCCAGAAUGAGGCCUGUGUCCAGUGUCGGUGGGUCUGCCUCUGUGACCCCCUCCAGUGAUACCUCUGAUGUUGCCAUGGAGUCAGUGGACACACCCCUUCAGGAACGGGAAGUUUUAGAUGGACUCAAUAAAAACCUGGACAGAAACAGUGGGAAACCAGAGAGCAGUAAGAACAUUUCAGCCGUGCAAGAGGGACAGAUGGGUGAGUCUGAGUCUGAGUCUGUAUGUUAAGGUCCUUCACCUGUGAGAGAUGAUGCUUGGACCAGCUCAACAGAUGUUUAACAUCUCAAACCUGCUGUUAGAGUGCACAGGUUUGCUUUAUUUGCUCUGGUGGUUGUUACAGAUGGAGCUGAUGAACUUGAGAAGUCAGAGGUGCAGGCCAUCAUAGAGUCCACACCUGAGCUGGACAUGGAUCUGGAUGGUUGUAGAGGAACAAGGUACAGGACUGAUGGCUUGUUAGUGGACUAUAAGCUGGAGAUAACUAUGUAUGCAGAUUCUCCUUUUGCCUUAAUUAUGAAAGAUUAUCUUACCUUGUCUUAUUCUGAGCUAUAGAUAUGCUUUUACUUAAACAGACUGACAAAUGCAUAAUACACAUCAUAUGACUAAAUUAUAGACAGAAUUCUUUGAUUUGUGUGUUUUACAGAUAGUAGUUAAAACACAGUAGAUUGUGAUGACAGAGUGGGUAAUUGGAGUUUCACCAACUGGUCAACUACUUAAACCAUUAGUUAGUGCUGUGGACAAUUGUCAACAAGCCAAUUAUUAAAUACCAAAGGGAAUGGGGCUGACCUUCUUGUGCCUCCCUAGUCUAGAGUCUAGACAUGACUCUGCAGAGCAGCACAGAGGAAACAGAUCUGAGGGCAGUCUGACUGUCAAGUUUGCUCAACCAUAGCUGCAGGGAAAACAUUUCUGUGCUGACUUUUAAUUAAAAAGGAAACUUAGCUGAACUCUAACUUCUGUCUAAGAAAGAGGGUUAAAAGGUGACUGCAGUACAGACAGAAGGAGGAUUACCUUUCAGCCAGUGCAAGAGUGAAACCUUAGCAUAUGUGCACAAUGCUGACAGGUAUUAGUCUCUUAAAAGUUAAUCAGGGUGAACAGAGUUAGCGAAAAGAUCACAUUGUGACAUCAUACCUCCUCACUCACUAUCAUCAUUAUUUUAACCCCUACUUCAUAGUCCUGUUUCUGUCCCUCCAGCACACCAACUAAAGGAGGAAUAGAAAAUCUGGCAUUUGACAGAAACACAGACUCUCUGUUUGAAGAGCUGUCGUCUGCAGGAAACGACCUGAUUGGUGACGUUGAUGAAGGAGCCGAUCUGCUGGGUGAGAAGCCUGAUGUUUAUAAUCUUUUAUAGUGUCUCUUAUUUUAUGAACAUUUUUCCACCUCUGCCACACUCUCUGAAUUGCGUUUUUCUUUGGCUGUCGGGCUUUGUUGCCUCACAGAUGAGUUUUCUGGUGUGUAUCAGCAAUUUCCACCAUAUUUCAUUGCUAGAUUUCAGUCCUUAGAUUUCAGUCUGUGUUAAUUUCCGUGCCCUCUGUGACUUUCUGUUAUUUGUAUAGAGUCUUUAUCAGCAGAUUAGUUUAGAUUGGCACUUCUGUGUGGUGAAGAGCAGUAAUGUUUAAAGAUGUUUAAUUGAGACUGUUUGAUUAAAUAAAUAUAUUCUAAUGUCUCCUGCAUGAUUCUCAGACUACAGCUUUCUAGGUAAGACUGUGAGGACACUGUUAGUGUGUAGGACAGACAUACAAAACAAAAAUUUUUUACUUAUCGUUAUUUUCUGAUCAUUUCUUCAAUGUUAGUUCAUGAAAAGAUUACAAUUACUCACUUUAAAACCCCCUUAUUUGUGAUUGUUUACAGGUAUGGGUCGGGAAGUUGAGCAUCUUAUCCAAGAGAACACCCAGCUGCUAGAGACCAAGUUAGUACUCUCUAAAGUUUGAAAUAUUUGCUGCUGCUCUUAUUUCACAAAGCUCCAUCCUACAAAUCACAGCUAACCUCAGAGUAUUUGAUAGCAUUGUGGUGGAAAGUGUUGAACUUGAAUAAAUUAUUGAUAAUAAGCAUAAGACACUUUGUGAAUACAUGAGAGGAGAGAAACCCGUCACUGCUGCAUCUUAAAGCAGCAGCCCAGUGCUGCCACCCUCUGUUAAUUGCUAUAUUACAUUAAACUAUCAAAUUCCAGUUCCUUAAGUUUGUAAAAUGUCGAUGAAAAACAGAAUUUGAUGGUUUGCAAAUGUUUUAAAGCCUGAGUUUAACUUAAAAUUGUGCAAAAACACAACAUCAGUUCUAACUGGAAAAUGAUUUCUGGUUUAUGAAAUAUACAAUAAAUGCUCAAUUAGACCAAUUAGACUUUUUCAGGAAAGACCUUUAUAUUUCAGCAAGACAAUGACAAACCACAUUCUGACAACAGGGAUUACAACAGCAUGGCUCUGUAGGAGAAGAGUCCUGCUGAGAAACUGGUCCGUCUGCACUUUAGAAACCAUCUUUGAAUCUUUGAAUGCACUCCUGACUUGUCCCCCAUUAAAACAUGAGCAGCUGAAAUUUUGUAUCAGACAAGAAUAGGACAACAUUUCUUUUUCUAAACCCCUGAAACUGAUCCUCUGACUUUACUGAGACUUACAGAGUGUUGUUGAAAGAAAAGCUGUUUCAGUAACUAUUAUUGAAGGUAUUGCUAAUUCAAGAAAAAGCAAAUUAAAAAAAAAAAAACCUCUACAGUUUUAACGUUUGAUUUGUUCUUUGCCCCUUUCUGAUUCAAAAAAUGUAAAUAAUUUUUCAAAUUGUUUUUUUGUUUUUUUUUAAAUCAACAUUUUACACAGCGUCCUCACUCUGAUAGACAUAGAAUCUAACCUGAUGUUUGUUUGUUUUUUUGUUUUCAGAAAUGCUUUGAAUGUAGUGAAAAACGACCUAAUAGCACAAGUGGAUGAGCUGACCUGUGAGAAGGAGGUUUUGCGUGGUGAGCUGGAAGCUGUCUUGCGGUCUAAAACCAAACUAGAGGAGAGGAACAAAGAGUUAGAGGAAGAACUCAAGAAGUGAGUCGAUUUCCCUUAAAGUCCACAUCAGUUCAAACUGUACAAAAAUUACUUCAGUUCAUACUGUGUUAACAUGUCUGCUAACACCUUGAAUUAUUUGUCUUAAUUGCAGGAUUCGAGCAGAACUUGAAGAGACGAGGCAGAAGGUCAAGAAUGACAAUGAGGAUGAUGUGAGUCUUUGCAUGACAGUGUUACUCACUCAGCUGGAUAGACUUGAGAAGUUCAUUAGGUUUGCUCCACAGAUGUUGAAGCUGUUUAGAGUAUUUUUUACAUAUAAUGAUGUCCAGGCUAAUAAACGUCUCUUCAGUAACGCCUUCAGUGCUUUUGUUUAAAGUGCGGCCAUCAUAUUGAUCUUCUCAGCUACUGUUAUAUUUUGGUGUUUGACCUGCAGAGCGAUGUGCCAACUGCACAGAGGAAGCGCUUCACCAGAGUGGAGAUGGCCAGAGUGCUGAUGGAGAGGAACCAGUAUAAGGAGAGGCUGAUGGAGCUUCAGGAGGCUGUCAGAUGGACAGAGAUGAUCAGGUAAAACGGGCCAGACGGACUGUCUGUGGGUGUGAAUCCAUGUUUGACGUUUUCAUCAGCAAAAAGACUGUGUUAAUCUUAAAGCCUGCAUGACAAGGUAAAACUUUCCAUUUAUCUGUUAUGAGAUAAAUGUUAUAUCUACUAAUAAAUCUGUCCUAACGUCUUUAUCACUCUGACACUGAGGCCAAUCCAGUCACAAAAGUACACCAAACAAACCCCAUAAAGCUCAGAUUUACUGAUCUAUGUCUUCACUGGUCCACCCAAUGAAACUUUAAUAUAAUCAUGUCAUUCAAAGUCAUUCAAACAGCUGCAUUAUGAGCAGUAACAGCAUUAAAGUGCUGCUGAUUCAGUUUUUGUUAUCAGACUUUUAUCGUCAGUCUAACGCUCUGAGUUUCAAUCAAUCUGUCUCCCUCAGGGCCUCCAAGGAGAACCCAGCUCUUCCAGAGAAGAAGAAAUCCAGCCUUUGGCAGUUGUAAGCUCCUCUUUUCUUUUCAUGCUGUCUUCAGUGAGAUGUCUUUGUUAUUUCCAUGUUUCAUUUUGCUUCUCUUUGUAUUUCAUGUGGUUUUGUUGUAUUCUCCAGGAUGUAAGUAAAUCUUUGACGUGCUAACAGCUUGACUCGGCUUCUUAUAUAUUCAUCUUGAUAAAAAACUCAAGCGAGCCAGAAAACAAAGGCUCUGAUCUUAGAUCUGAGCUUCUUGGCUGUCACAGUCCUGUUUCAUACUUAAAGACUUGUCAACAUCAGGACGCUUGAGGUUGUAAAAAUGCACCUGUUUGCUCUCCUUUGUUUAGUGUCAUAAGGAAUGAGUGUGUCUUUACUUUGAGGGAUUACCUGGAGCAGGUUUUUGGUCCUGGGAUCGGGACAGUAUUCUGUGUAAGAGAUGAAAUCUGAUCAAACCACCAUCUCUCCUGCUCUGUUUGUGUGUGUCCCUCUGCAUUCUGCCUGGUGUUGUGAUGUUUGUGUGUAGGAGGUGUGUUGUUUAAGGUUUCUGAGGGUGGGAGGGAGAAGGGAGGGAAGGCAGGAGUACGGGUGGAGGGUCUGGGUCAAAUCAAAUCAAAGCAAAUCUGCUUAUUUAGCUAAACUCAGCAGAGUUUAUUUCCUACAUUUAAUUAUGAGAGUCAGAUUGCCUGCUAGGGUUGUGUUCAUUGGAAACAUGCCAUUGUACAGACUUUUAGAUGUUCAAUACUCAGUUUAGUUGGGGCCCUAUGAUGCAGUGAAAAAGGGGUCAGUUGUGAAAUGUAAUAUUGGGUGAUUUGGCUGAGAUGCUGUUGUAACUGAAUAAUUUCUAAAUACAAAUCUAUAAACUCGGUGACUAUCCUAUCCCGCAGAGAGGGUGGGUUUCUUUUCAGAGACUGUCCAGAACCAACCCCUUAAAAACAAAGAUAAUCUGUGAGGAUUUAUAUUCAGAUUAUAGCAGAGCUGUGUGAUUUCUGUCGUUAGCUUACUGUACCAAUUCUUGUUACGAUCUGUCCACCAAUCAGAGACUGUAUCUAUAAUGAGCUGACCUUUUAAAGGCCUAAUAAGAAGUCUGGUGUCCUCGUCUGAGCAGAGCAGUGAAGGUCCUAAUACUGAAGAUAACAUUUGAGAAGAAUUUGGAUAAUAAGCAGAAUCAAUAAUGGUGUCUGUAUGAAUAAUAUCUUAUCACUAAUUAUAAUACUGUUUCAGAGUUAUGUCAUCCUGACAAGCCUGCCUAUAUUUUUUGUAAUAACAGAGAAUCCGGUGAACAUUUCUAAACAUGAGUCGUGUUAUUUAAGCAUCCUUAUUAACGAUCCUGGACAUGAAUAAUGUCAAAGAAGAGAAACGGUAGACUAGCGCUGUGUAUGUGGAGAGGACAGCUGCAGGUUCAGUCUGUGAGGGGAUGUUAACGAUAAGAUACAUUUACUGUAACAGUUAAACUUAAGAUAGCCACAAAUAGCUCAUUUAAUGUAAAAUAAAUGUUAAAAGGUUGUGUGUUUGAUAUUUACCGCAAAACAACUGACUCCUGAGUAUUGUCAUACUUGAGGGAGUGAAAGAAGUCACAAUUCAGAAAUACUUAUGUAGACUUUGUAUUUUCCAUUUUCCUAAACAAUCAUAAGAUGACAAAAUGUGACCACAUCUUUUGAAAAAUGUGAAUGGAAAAACAAAAUGUGGAAACAGAUUUCAUGGAGCCAUAUAUGAACUCCUACCUUUGAGUUAGUGGGGAAACAGGGGUGUUACUGUCAAGGUCUGUUUUGCUCUGUGUCGUAAACUAACGUCCCAUUCAGUGCACAGUAUUAACCCUGCACUCCCUGCUCCUCAGUAUCCCCACGGCUCUUAUAGCUGCUUGAUCCUCUGCAGUUUAGGGGACCUGCCAGUGAGGUCUUUAAAGUUCAUUAGACUACUUGUUUCAGAGUCUAAACUGUGUGAAAGCUGGCAUGGUGUGUUGGCAUAGGAGAGUUUAAUUUUCAUUGAUUGUUGGACUUGACCUCUGUUGCUGGAGCUUUUGCUUGUGUCCACCCCUCUAUAUGUUUGUCUGUGUGCUUUCCCCACCCUUUCCCUCCCCACUUCCCCCCCUUGCACCUCCAGUUUCAGCCGUUUGUUUAGCUCGUCUGGUGGAGCAGCCAAGAAGCCGGCGGUGGAGGCCCCUGUGAACGUCAAGUACAACGCUCCCACCUCUCAGAUCCAGCCGUCUGUGAAGAAGAGGAGCAGCACCCUGCAGCAGCUGCCCAGUGACAAGAGCAAAGCCUUCGACUUCCUCAAUGAGGAGUAAGCCUGAUAGCCUGAUUGUAAAAACACUUGAUGCAAAGAAAUCCGUCUUUAUGAGAUUCUGUGGAGAAACACUGAUUCAAAAUUAUAUAACACCAACAAAGGAUGUCAGAAUUUUAACUGGAGUUUUAAAGAAUUAGUCCAGGGUCUGAUAUUAACACAUCCUGUGUGCCAAUUACACUACACUGCAAUACAAAGACUUUAUUGAUCCCCAAAGGGAAAUCUAAUUAAUUCAUUAUUACUCAUUUGGUGGGUAAUCCAGACAACUAUGUGCCAUGUGGCAAGACACUUUUGUGCCACAAUAAAAAUGUAGUAAAAUCAGAUUUUUCACUACCAGUAACUUCUGCUUCUCUGCUGUCUGCAUGUUGGAGCUUUGCAGAGUCAGCAUGACAUGUGCACAUAAUAAAACACAGCCACUUCUUACUGUAAGAGAAACCAGAAACCCUGCAUCAAGACUUCAACAUCAGCAAGUGGCAGGAUACAGCUUUGGUAUUUUUGGCUCCAACUAUAUUUUAUUCAGAGCCAACACUAAACAUAAUGAGCAGAUGCAAAUGUCUGUGUAGACAUAGAUGGCUGGGAUAUUUAUCAAUAACAUAGAUGAUUGGGAUUUAUAUUGAGCGUUGUUAAACUACCUUCUGUAAAGAAAGCUGUUUGUAUUUAUUGGAUUCCACAGUAAUCACUCUCCCCGCAACCACAAAUAGAAAAGCCAUGACAUUCGUCAUUUCUGUGUGAUUAUAGAAAAAUAAGGCGCGUGGGUGACUGUUUUACUUUAAUAUUCCAUCUGUCAAAAAUAGAGUUCGUAUUGAAGCUUUUUGUAGCCUGUAGUCUUUAAAAACUUUGCUCUAGCAUGCUCUUCCUAAGUUGGAAUUCAUUACAAAAGCUCUGUGAAAUGAACUGGACCUGACGUGGAUGUGAAACAAAAAAGGCAUUUAUUGUUUUGGCUGCUAAAAUGUGUGACUGCCAUGUUUGUUUUCUGUCUUUGUGGAGGAAAAACAGCUUUCUGAUGGAUCUGGUAAAUCUUUUUCAGAGUGGCAGCAGAUAAUGUGGUGUCCAGGCGAGAGCAGAAGAGGGCUCAGUACCAGCAGGUCAAAGCUCACGUCCAGAAGGAGGACGGCAGAGUGCAGGCUUUCGGCUGGAGUCUCCCCAAUAAAUACAAAGUAAGGAGACGAGCGUCGACCUCGGCAUCAGCUUCCCUUUCUUAUUUACUGUGGAUUUUCUCUUUCUCUUCAGUCAGUGACAAGUGUCAUAAAUGAAACAAACUGGGAUGCCAUGUUUUGUGUUUUUUUAGACCAAUGGUGGCAACGCAGAGGGUAAGCUGAAGAAUCUGCCUGUCCCUGUCUUCCUCAGACCACUGGAUGAGAAAGAUGCUUCUAUGAAGGUAUUUCCUUCACCUGUGUCAUGUCAAACUUGAGUAGUUUUUAUCUAUAAACUCACCCUGCCUUUAUUUGGGACAGAGAGGCCUUUGCUUAUUUUAGACUCAACUCGAGCCAAGUUAAACCAGGGUUUUGAAAUGCUGGUAUGAGGACUACUUUGUUAAGAGGAUCAGAGGCCUGACUUUAAAAGCGCUGUCACUCUAACAAUCUUGUUUAGGAAAUUCUUGCUGACUGACACUUAAAAAAGAGGGAAAUCAUAGACUGGGUUGUGUGUGAAGGAUUUGCGGAGAUCCCUCCGGUGUAUCUAUUCAUUUCUGACUGCUUUGAUCCUGUGAUUCUUCACUCCAGCUGUGGUGUGCCGCUGGUGUCAACCUCUCAGGAGGGAAAACCAGAGAUGGAGGCUCCAUUGUAGGAGCCAGUGUGUUUUACAGUGAUGUACCAGGACCAGAGAGCCCUAAAAAGAAAAUAGGUUCUCAGAGCAGUCUGGACAAAUUGGAUCAGGAACUCAAGGUACUCACAGGCAAUUAUUCCAGUGCCACACAGGUAAAAACAUAAUGCAUACAGUAUGCACAGGAUUUAUGCUUAGUCUCUCUGUUCAUGUUUUCAGGAGCAGCAGAAGGAGUUGCGGCAGCAGGAAGAGAUGUCAUCUUUGGUUUGGAUCUGUACCAGCUCCCAGUCCACCACUAAAGCUGUGGUCAUCGAUGCAAACCAGCCAGGAAACAUCCUCGAGAGUUUUUUUGUGUGCAACUCCCACGUUCUCUGCAUCGCCAGUGUCCCAGGUCAGCAGAUGACCUUUUUUGUGUCUGACGGAGUGAUUCAUGGUUUUUAUUGAAAUCUGUGUCCAAACAUUAAACCACACCCCCAGAUGUCCCCACAACUCUCUGUGUUUGUUCUCAUCCAGGAGCGAGAGAGACAGACUACCCUGCUGGUGAGGAAGUCUCUCCAAAUUGUGAGGCAGAACCAGUAGGAGAGGGCGACUCACAAUCAGCCAAUAACAGCUCAGCAGGAGGUGAUGACAUGCUGGGAGGCAUCACUGUUGUCGGCUGUGACGCUGAAGGAGCUGCAGCUGUUCCUCAGAAAGCUGUCAGUCCAGGUAAAAGAGAGAAAGAGCUGCAUUUCCAUGAGGCGGUCUAACACUGUUCAGUCUGGCACAGAACACAAUACUUCAGGGCUCCUGUAUUUUUUUUAUAAUUCUGAAAGAGUCUUAAAUCCAAUCAAACAAGUAUGAAGGCCUUCAAAUGUCUCAAACCUGCUUAUUUUCACUUCAAGGAGGUCUUUUUCUUUUUUACUCAACAUGCCGUGUUGAUUGUUUUGUUGUGUGUGUGUGUGUGUGUGUGUGUGUGUGUGUGCGUGUGUGCGUGCGUGCGUGCGUGCGUACGUGCGUGCGUGCGUGUGUGUGUGUCGAUCUGUAGACAGCUUAGUAGUAGCAAGCUGAAUGGGAGCAUGUCCUCAGCUACUGUAGUGCAGGUGGACAGUUUUCUCAAUAAUCGGAUUCUUGCCUGGUCAAGGACAAGGACAUAGACAAGGACGGUGCUCCAGUUAAAUCACCUGUUGAGCUCUAAUCCUAGCUUGACUAAACCGUGCAUGUUAAUGUGCUGCUAAAUAUCUGAACAAUUCCCAGGUGAAAUUAUGUGAUUUGUUGUGACCCUGUCAUAAGUGGAUUUCAUUUUACACAGGAUUAUUUCCUGAGUUCACUUUGAGUUCUCAAAUAUGAUUUGAAAUUCUCAUCAUGACAUUCUCUGUCAUCUGUAUGAAGCUUUUGUUUUGAAAGCGAUCGUCAGGGUGGCUUUCCUGCAGCAUGUCUAGACUCAUCAAUUCAGAUGGAUCCACAGAUCAUGAUCAGAUUCAGAUCACUCAAAUUAUCAUUUUGUGUCAUUUUGUCUUUACUGUGUGCUGUAGGACUUCAUGACACAUUAAAUUGAGUUUAUUGGGCUUUUAGAUUCAAAUAUUCAUCUUUAAUCUUUGUGAGGAUCUCUGUUAGCUUCCCCAAGGUGGUUGCUGGUCCUCCUGGGGUCCACAAAUAAACAAAGUAACACUUUAUUGACUAAAACAGUGCAGUGAUUUACACACAGUAAAAAAGAUUACAGCAGACAAAUAAGACAGCUAAUAUCCAGGACUAGGCCAUUCUACAGAAUCAACUUUUUGUAUAUGUUGAAAGUUGGUGGGUAUGGACAAACAACAAUUGUAAGGUGACUUUUGGGUUUAAAAAACUUGAAAACUUGUGUUAUGUAGUGUAAAAAUAGUCCUUUUUAAUAGUAAAGUAGUUUAAUAAGACUUAUCUUAGUCAAAAAAUAGUUUUAACUUUUCUUUGCUUGGAUCUAAAUAGGCUCAAAUUUGGUUUUUAAGUAUGAAGGAACCCUGAUAACAGGGGUAAAGGUACCAAGAUAAUGGUUCUACUUUUACGGCACCUGUCUGUUUGUCUGUCUGGUUACCGAGCAUUCCUAUUCAACUCUGGAGCUAAACACUCUACAGCUUUAAUCAAACUAAUGAGUGAAGGACAGGGACUGUUAGCUGUGAGCUUUUCGGGGCCUUGAUGUUAAAAGGCUUGGUUUAAAGAAAAGGACAAAUCAGGGCUGUAACACACUCUAUAAUUAAAAAAUGUGUCACUUCUGAUAUGUUGCUAUUGUGGUUUAUUGCCUCCACAAUCCUCUCCACAGAAUCCAAGACAGCAGAGGAGGCCACAGAGGCCACAGAAGCCAGCUCAGGGUCUGCAGAUCAAAGAGAGAGCCUAAGGGGGGUCUACACAGAGCACGUCUUCACUGAUCCUCUCGGAGCUCAGCAGACAGCCGAGGCUCCAGCUAACUACUCUCAGAGGUAAGAUCAGGAGGCUCGUCAUCCAGAGACACCUCAUUUAACUACAGCCGGCCCAAUAAAACCCAAUAAAGCUGUCUGUUUUAUUAGAACCACCAUCAAGUGAGCAACAACUUUAAAUCCCUGUUUAAGUGUUUAUUGUGAGGCCAUGAGAGCUUUAUGAAUGUCUGGUUGUGAACUCUUAAUGCAGCACAUUAAUCUUUAAAAUGUCACUGAAUGAGUGUGUGUUCUUCCCUUAGCUCACACUUACGCCUACAAACAUGAUGAUAGUCCUCAGGACAUAAAAAACACAAGUAAUCAUCACAAUGCUGCCGUGAACAAAAGAAAAAAGGUCUAUCUGUAGAGGGUUUAUAUUCAGACUAUCAGGAAUAAAUUAUACAAACUGACCUGCAGCCACUGAACGAAGGUCUGUUUCAUAGAGUUAAAGUCACCCUCCGUCAGCCCACCAUGGCAUUUAAAAGGUGCUUUAUGAUUACAGCGAUACAAAUGCAGCACAUUUAACUUAAUGUGUCAUCUGUGCUGUCCAGGGAGAGUGAUCUACUGAAAGACGGCGUCAGCUCUAACCUCAUAGGAGCGGGACCUUCAGAGGAGCAGGACCUGAUGAGAGAGGAGGCUCAGAAAAUGAGCAGCGUGCAGCCCACUAUGUGGCUGGGUGCUCAGAACGGAUGGUGAGGUUUUUCUGUUGUUUUUCAGGCACUCUUCUGUAGGAUUGGGACUAGGAUUAGACAGACAAAGUCUUGAUCUCAGAUAUUAAAGUUGUUCUUUUCCAAGAAUCAUACAGAGAAUAUAUUUAAGGUUGUAUAUGUUGGUCAUAACCAAAGGUUAUUAAAUGUGACUCAGUACCAAAAUGGUAAAGACCCCUCCUUUCAGCUCAUCAUGGACUCCAUAAUGCAGUCAGGAUUGCAGCUCUGAGCAGCCGAGAGUGGAGAUGCUGACAACCUGUGGUGUAGUUCACUCUCAAUCUAACAUUUUGAUAAUAGAAGAGAACUUGUGGCUUUCCUCAUGACAGAAAAAAGAUCAAAUCAUUAACCACAAAUUAAAAAUACUUACCCAUAGAGAAUACAUCAGUAAAAGUACUGAUGUAAAAAGUACCCAAGAAAGUACAAGGACACAAAAAGCCUCUCUAUUACAGUAACAUAAAUAAAUGUAAUUAAGUACUUCUGUACCUGCCUGUUUCAGGUUCAUUCAUUUAGUGAAGAAGGAUGCUACUCUGAUCUUUUCUGAAAAUACAGACCAACCAUGGACCUAAAUGACCUCUUUAUAUUUAACAUUUUGACUUCAUGCUCACAAAGUUAUAGCUUUAGUCUUGAAAUUUCACACCUUAAUUCUUGUAAAUCAGCAUUUGUUUUCUCCUCCCUCUAGCUGCCCUGAUCCUUUGUCACAUUCAUGUUCAGGGGCAGUCUUAAAAUAAUCCUGAUGACCAAUCAAUCUGCUUCUAUUCCAGUGUGUACGUCCACUCGUCUGUGGCUCAGUGGAAGAAGUGCCUGCAUUCAAUAAAGCUCAAGGACUCUGUACUUGGCAUAGUGUGAGUGAAUAAACCGACAUACACACAAGUUUUGAUAUUUGGAUGUUGAACAGCUGCUUGAAAGUCUUUGGUUGUUUGUGACAGACAUGUGAAAGGGCGUGUGCUGGUCGGCCUCUCUGAUGGCACUUUAGCGAUCUUCCACAGAGGAGAGGGUGAGGAGAAUAAACCAUCAUCUCAAACCCUCCUGAUGUUGGCGGUAUCUGUAAACACACCAUGACUCCUGUCUUUGUUUUUAGAUGGGCAGUGGGACCUGACAAACUACCACCUGUUAGACCUGGGCCGACCUCACCACUCCAUCCGCUGCAUGACUGUUGUCCACGACAAGGUGUGGUGUGGCUACAGGAACAAGAUCUAUGUGGUGCAGCCCAAAGCCAUGAAGAUAGAGGUGAAAUAAAUGUUCUUCUUCACUUCAUUGUUUUCUUUGGAGCGACCUUUUCGGAGUUGUUCAGGGGAACAAGACAAAGAUCCAAACUAAGGAGAUUUAAUCUACUGAUUUUAUAAAUACUGUAGUUUAAAUAUAAAAUAAAUACAACAUCCAUUUUCAUUUAAGUUUGUUUAUGGACCAUAAAUCAUGAUUCUCUCCUGCUCUUCUCUUCAGCCUGUCUCAUCAGCAUCACGUGUGUCUUUCACAGAAAUCAUUUGACGCCCACCCUCGUAAGGAAAGUCAGGUACGUCAGCUGGCCUGGGACGGCGAUGGGAUCUGGGUUUCCAUCAGACUGGACUCCACUCUCAGGUUGUUCCACGCUCACACCUUCCAGCACCUUCAGGACGUCGACAUCGAGCCCUACGUUAGCAAGAUGCUUGGUUCGUAUGCUUUUCUCUUUUGACAAAGUUUCAGUCUCUGGGGAUGUUAUGAAACCAUGAUAGUGUAAUAUCAGGUCCACAGUAUGAUGCUUAUCCUGAUAUUUGGAGAAAAAUGUCAUUUGUCUUCUUAAUCCAGAGUAUUUCUUCUUGAAGUUAAAGGUUUAGUAACACAGGAUUGUGUUUACAUUAUCAGAAUGGUACAAUGUUUUCAAUUUGACUGUAAAAGCCACUCUCUUUGUGAGGCUGGUAGCUUUCUGGUGAUAAACGCCCUGUUUUUAAAACAUUCCGUGGGUUUCCUAUCACACAGAGAAGAUCAUCGUAUUUUCAGAGACCUCAGAGAAGCUCGUACAACAGUAAAGAAUUCACUUGAGAUGAAAAAAGAGCAACAAGUUAUUAAGGUUUACAGCUCUGACAGAUUGUAAAUUUUUCUCCCUCCUAGUUGUGAAGCUGACAUGUGGUUAAUGUAAGACUGGUUUGUGCUCAAGUCCUCUUUUUUUCUGUAUAGCACCAUUUUUAAAAGUUAUAAAGGGUUCAUGUUUCCUAUGAUUGACACUUGAUACAGCCUAUGGGCGUACGAAGAUUGCGUAGCUCAACCAGGGGAUACGCUGUUUGAGCCGAGAGUCAUCACAGCGGCUCUCCUGCCAAAUGCGCACAAUGCUACUGCACAAAUGGUGGAGUGUGUACUGUGCAAUGUUGGUUUCAGGAAGUGGAGAAAAAAGGUGGAAUUUCUGAGAGAUUUUCAGCUUUAAAUCUGUAUACUGGCGGAAGGCGGAACCAAGUUGUCCAUAAUAUAUACAGUCUAUAGUAGAGAGUGAGCUGUUCUCUGUGUGCUUGGACCUCUGUCAGUACUUCUACAUGCUCAAGCGUUUGCACGCUGGGUUCUGACUUGGAUGUUUAGUCCUUGAGCCUCUUUCUUUUUUUCCUAACAGCGUUUGACUUGAAUACAGCCAUGAUGGGAAUUUAUUUUGUCUCCAUCGUGUUUACUAAAUGUCUGCAAGUUUUCCAUUGGAUAUCCAGAGAUAAAUCUUGUGAUCUUUUGAGCUCCGUUGUGGGAAAGUGAGGUUGUAGAGACUUCUUUUAGAGUCUCUUGGCCCGACUGGCAUCUUCUUGAAUCUUUUCAGGGUGAUGAUUUGUCAGGUGUAGCCUGGCAGUGUGUACUUGUUUUUUGUGUUUGUCACUCCUGAGCACAAGGAUACUGCCUGGCUUUCACACAUCAAAUUCAGGAGCUGCUGGAGCGUCACUAUUUCAAAAUCACAUCUGUGCCGCCACUCACUAUAGUGUCCUCUGUUUUUGCUGUACAUCUUUAUUGAGUGAUGGGCACAUGUGGAUGAGGGUCUCUGUUGUUCCCUUUACCCUCCAUGCUGAUCCACUGUAACUACAACAAAGCUGCACUUAUUACACUCAGCACCUGUUGUGUUAUAAAGGUUCUGAGACAUUUUAGCUUUAGGGGUCUCAUCAGAUUCCCAACAUCAUGACACCAUGGGUCCAUCCUUAGGUGAAGCACUCAGACUCCUCAUCAGGGAUUGGCAGACUCUGGUUCCUUGUCUCAGAUUCAGCUCUGAAUAUGAAUAUGAUUUUUUUUUUCAGGUACGGGUAAACUGGGCUUUUCCUUUGUGAGGAUCACAGCUCUAACCGUGUCCAGUAAUCGUCUUUGGAUCGGCACUGGGAAUGGAGUCAUCAUCUCCAUCCCUCUGACUGAGAGUGAGUGAUGGAGCCAGAGUGAUUCAUAGACAGAAAGCUGUUCUAGUCGUGCUGCUUUAGUUUCCUUAAGUGCAUGUUUAAAAAGUCUGACCUGUCACACCUUUUCUGCUCCCUCAGCGGCCAACAAGGCGACCAAGGCGGCAGGAAACCAUCCAGGAAGUGUAGUCCGAGUCUACGGUGACGAAACCUCAGACAAAGUGACAGCCGGCACGUUUGUUCCUUACUGCUCCAUGGCUCAUGCUCAGCUGUGUUUUCAUGGUCACAGAGAUGCUGUGAAGUUCUUCACUGCUGUCCCAGGUAUGAUUUGAUGAGGCUUCAGAUAACUGCUGAAAGUCAAGUUCACAGGCUGACCACAGUUCCCUCACUGAAGUGACAGGAUAAGAGAGAGACUAAAGUUUCUCUUAAGUCUUUGACAACCCGAAUGCAUAACUGAGGCAGCUACUGAGAAAGUUGAUAACUAUUCAGAGACAUAGAUUUAGAGGAGUGACAGUGGAACACCAGUGAUGGGGUUUCUAAAGAGCUGUGGUUUUAUUUAGCAGAUUUUCUGCACAGAAACAGAAAUGAUUUUGUGCAAUAAAAACUGAUACAACACCGUCUACAGUCAACGUACUGUACAUAUGUUUAGAAAACCUGUUUGCAUUCUAAUGAUAUUUUUGCAUUUCACAGUUGAAUGAUUCUCAGAGCUCAAAACUUAAUUGUUUUGUUUAAAAAGUGAUCAGCAGAAAAACCCACUUUGGACUUGUUUGGUGUUAUUUACAGUCUGUGGUGGUGUGCUCUCAGGUCACGCCAUUCCAUCUGCGUCCUGUGGAGCAGAAGCAGCAGGUGACAAAGCGACAGAUGCCUCAGCUCAGGAAGGAACCAAGUCCAUGCUGGUGAUGAGCGGAGGAGAAGGUUACAUUGACUUCAGGAUGGGUGAGUUUACUGCAUGGACAGAGAAAAGCAGCCGAUCUUCUCUGCAGCAGGUGAGAAAACUCAUAUGAUCUGUUCAUCUUCAGGUGAUGAGGACGCUGAGGGGGAAGAUGGUGAUGACUCCCGCAUGAAACUGCAGCCCUUCCUGGCUAAAGCUGAGCGCAGCCACCUCAUUGUUUGGCAGAUCCUGUCAGGAGAGGACUGAACUUUGACCUCAGGAUCCUGAGGCCUGAUUUGCCUUUUUAUCUCUUGCCGAGCAGGAAGAGUUCAGGUGGAUGACUCUGCUCUGCACGCACGAGUUCAAUCAGCACUUUUGACUUCCUCAGACCUGAAAAACAAGCAAAAACUGCUCAGAGGGCACUAUCAGUAAUAAAUUGCACUGGGGAAGUGCAAACAGACGCAAAAACUGCAUUUAUUGUUUCACUCAGAGUUUUUUUUUUCUCUUCUUUUUUAUUAUGAAUUUAAAUUUCAUCCUGUUAUAAUGCCUCUCUCUUUCUUUUAAUCAUAUUUGAGGUAAUACUGUCAGGAAAACAUUUGUUUUAUUUGUUAAUCGAUCAGAAAACCCAACAGAUCCUCCAUCUGAUGUCUGCAGGUUCCCCUCACUUAAGUCAGUCAUUGUCUGCUCAUGCUGAACUUCACUUAAUCAUCUUUAAACCUGAAAUCCUCGGCCUCUAAUGGGAGACCUGGUCAGUCAUGUCUGAGUCAGCCAGGUUUGACUGUCGUUGGUGUCUCGUGGUGUUUUUGUGUCCGUCUUUGGAGAUCUCGGCUUUUGAUUGUGCACAAUGUUGCUGGUCGUCUGGAGGUCUGAGUUUGUUCUGGUCAAAUGUAGUCCAUCAGAUUUCUGUUUUUAGCAUCUUUGAGUGCUGAAUGUGGAGACCUGAACCUGAGGGAAAAAACACUAGAUCAGAAAGAGCCCUAGUUUUUGCCUCUUAAUGUGCACAGAGUUAUUUCAUUUCACAAACUACAUUAAGCUAACCCAUCUUCAGAAACAUGAAACCUGACAGUGAAUCCUCUUCCACACUUUUUCAUGUCUGGAUGCAGAAAUAUUUUGUUUGAUUUCAUAUGUUGGAGAUUUUGACUCAUUUUAGACGUAGAUUUUCCCUCAGAAGCUAAAUGUUGAUGCAUCACUGCAGCAUAACAGCUAGUGUUGCUCUGUCCACCUAUUUGGUUUAGACUUAAUUCUCAGACCCCAGUUCAAAGGUCACAUUUAGCCAGUUUGGAUAAUUUGGAUAACCAUAUGGAUAGUGAACAGAGGAAAAUGGCUGAAAAUAAAACUGCACGUGACUUGUCGGUUUAGGACUCUCUAACGUUGUUUCCAUCAGAUCCAGCGUGCUUUAUGUUUUUUACUUACUAUGAAAUGUUUGUAUCUUCACACUUUAAAGUGAGAAGGUAAACAUGAUUAACGUUACCUCUUCAAAACAUGUCAGCACUUUUAUUUUGAGCUUGGUUGAGUAUUGAAGAAUAAUAAUUUCUACCAUGACUGUGGACAUGUUCAGAGAUCAGGUGUUAAUUGAAAUAAAAGAAGAGAAGCUCGACUCGGUGACUUAAACGUCAUGAUGAUGACAGAAGACUAAAGACAUGCUGAGGAUAAAACAUAAUUUAUUUUUUAAUUAAUUUCGACAUUAUUUUGAGAAAAUAUUCUCAAAGUUACAAGAAUAAACUCACCAAUAAUCAUGAUUUAUGUACCUUGACAAACAUGAGAAAAAUCACAAAUUUGGUCAUAAACUAAAGAUGUUGUUGGCAAAAAAUAAUAUUUGAUGAAAGGAUGUAAUCAAGGAUUAUUGUUAAAGACGCAGGCUAUCAAUUCAAAAGGAUAAUGUCACAAAUUUAUAAGAUUCACAAAAACUUGUAAUCUGAAGGGAAUAAAGAUGCAAUCUGACUAGAAAGAAAUUCACAGACUUGCAGAAACAAAAAUGUCAAGUUAAUGAGUCUGAGAUCAGAUUUAUUCAGCUUUACAAUAAUGAGAAGAAAAAAUGAUCAGUUUUCAAGUAAAGAGUUGUAAAUGAAAAAGACUAAAGUUGUAAAUGUACAGUGUUGCAAGAAUAAAGCCACAAUUACAGACAAGUGUUGUAAGCGUAAGAGCACUGAUGAGAAAAUUUAAAGUUGUAAAACUUUCAAAACUGAAAUAGAAAAUUUACAGGUUUAAAGAAAAACCAAAAAUAAGUUAUACUGACGGACUUUGGCUUACAGAAAAAGUAACAGAUUUCCAAAAUAAGGAUGCAAACUCCCAAGAAAAUUGUUUUAAUCCAUGCUUCGCCUGUUUGUUUUUUAAAGGGAAGGAUCAGAAGAGUGGUCAGUCUGAGUUAAAGCACCUGCAGAAGCAACUUAACAAGAUCCUCCAUGGUCCUGGUUUCACUGCAGUCAGCCAUCUGAUAUCAGCCUGUUCGAUAUUUUAUUUUAGCCUAUCGUCACCCCUUCUGAGUCAUAAAAAUACAACUUCUUUAGUUUUGAUUUUUCCAUUAAAACUCUCCUUUUUUAUCCUCUUUGUAGCCCUGACCCUCUGAUGUAUAUGAAAAGAGGCACAAACCGGAGGCUCAAUAACAGACGGUGGAAAUUUCCCUCAUAUGAAUCCUUUAAUAAUGAAAUAAGGGGAAUUAGCUGAUACUUUAUGCACUGUCUUAUCAUUGAAAUCCUCUUUUCUUUAAGUCAGCCUGGGUUUCAGCGCUGACUCUGUGUUUGAUCAGAUUUGAUGUGAGGAUUGGCUCCGUCCUCGGCUCCAGCUUGUAGACACUUUAAACUCUGCCUUAUGUAUCAGAAGCUCGGAGAAGCGUCUCUGUGGCUUUUCAGGUGUGACAUAAUAUUUAUUUUUCUCAGACGAAUGUGUUUGCUACCAAAGGAUCAGGAAUCACAGAUUGAUAGAGAGUGAAGCAGCGUCUCCUUUAGAGCAGCAUGUGUGUGUGUCUGCCUUCAUUUAGAUAAAAGCUAAGCUUUUGUAACAGAAACCCCGAAGAUAGGAUAUAUUUUUAAACUUUCAUACUGAGAAAGGAGGAUAUUUUCAUGGGCUGGGAGAGAGAGGAAGAGCUCAGGCUGUGACUGAGGGGAGAAAACAAGCAGCAGUGAGAGUUACAUAAAUCCCCUUCCCCCAUCAAACCCCCAUCUUGACAUUUAGAGGUCGGAGUUGUAACAUUGACAUUUGGGUUUUCUGCAGCUGCUGCUCCCUCUGUACAGAUGAUCAUCAUGUUUGUCACAUUUUUACUCCAUGGUAUCUGCUCCUGAUUCAAUCCCAUAUUUCUAAAAGUCUGUUUUAGGAACUUUUUAUUCAGUGCACAACCUGUUCAAGUGUUUGCAAUACGAGGAGGCUUUUCCUCAUCAUCUGUGUGCGUGCGUGCGUGUGUGAGAAAGAGAGAUAGAGGGUGAAUGUGUGUUCUAUUCUGGGGGGGGGUUACUGCAGUGUAGCCAUGUCAGUAUUUAUUUACAAUUGAUUGAGCCUUUGCAAUUCAGAAUGUAACUUUGUACAUUGAAUAUGAAUUUAAACUAUAUAUGAUUAUAUAUAUAAAGCAUUAAAUACAGCUUGGGUUUAUUGUUUGACAGCAGUUAACGCUGUUGGAUUAAUAUGAUGUUUUGUAGAGGAUGACCUUAUUCAGCUAUGCACUGAGGGGAGGGGCUUCACACCUUGUUGUGAUAGAAACGCUGCAGUUAAAACUCUAAAGUCAGCGAGCAUCUUCAUCCCAGCACAUCCUGGGGAGUCAUCUCAUCCUCCUCCACAGGUCUGUUUCUCUCACCCCCUCUCAUGUUCAAACAUGUCGCUGACUUGGUGAAGAUUUUGCUCCUCCAGGUCUGAGUGCACUGUGUUGUACUUGUCCUACAUCUCCAGCCUUACUUGUUUUUAACAGUCAAUUAAAGAAACUUUUGUGAGCACUCUGUCUCCUUGUCAUGUGUUAUUCCCCUUCAUUACAAAUGAUUCACAACUCUCCUAAUUUUUUGGUGAGCAUGUUACACAUGAGGCUCUGCACAGGAAAUAUGGACAAUAAUAGGGUGAUUUCUUACUCUAUUACUGUACAAUAUUUUCCAUCUACAAACCCCAACUUCAGUGAAGUUGAGACGUUUGUGUAAAACAUGAAUAGAAACAAAUACAAUGAUUUUCUAAUCCUUUUCUACCAAAUUCAACUGAAUACACUACAAAUAUAUUCAAUGUUCAAACGGACACAUUUCAUUGUUUUUUCCUUUUGCAAAUAUUCACUCAAUCUAAAUUUGAUGUCUGAGACACAUUCAUAAAAAGUUGGUUCAGGGUCAACAAAAGUCUUGGGAAAACUAAGGACUGCUACAAAAACACCAGUUUGGAUCAUUCCACAGGUGAAGAGGUGAGGGUCAUAAUUGGGUAUUAAAGGAGUACCCCCAAAAGGCUCAGUCAGGACCAGUCCUCAGGAUGUUGUUUGCUACCUUCUUCCUAGAGAUGUGACCUUCGCUUAGAGUCAGUCGUCUAAAUGGCUCUUUUAAGUGAAUGAUGAGAACCUGUUCACAGUAACAAGCUGUUCGUUUGUGAGCUGCUCUUGUUAUGCAAGUUGCCCACUCUGCCGUCACGUGUCACCUGUGAGCCCCAAACACCAGGUAGGAAUUACAAAUUUUGCAUUCACAUUUUUAUAAUGUCUUAAUUUUUAUCAGUUAUCUGUAGCCUGCAUAGUUUUUUACUGUGCCACAAAGUUUGUUUAGGUAAGGGAAAAUUUCAGAAAAGUGAUCAGACUGUCAGGGCAUGAGGAUAUGGCACCACCGUAUGGACUGUUUACAAUAAAAACACAUGCCAAAUGAAUUUUUAAUCAAUAUUUAAGAAUAAUUCUCACCAAAAAAAGUUUAUAUGGUGGUUGUGUUGCCCUGGCUGACUUCUAAAAUUUAAAUAUAACAUGGAGCAAGUCUUUUGAACAGGCCUUUGAAAGGAACAGCUCCUGAAGAUCGGGCUCCCUUUGAAGAGCCAUAAAUCCCAUCUCUACUUCUUCUCACUCUUCUGGUUAGUUCAUAACAGGUCAUCUCAGGAUGACAUAACCACCCCAACAUAGGGCUGUUUGGCUUUGGGGGUCGAAAAAUACUCUUUGAAAAAACGUUCUUGGCAGGAUAAUGUAAACCCUGAAAAUAAGUUUGUACUUUAGCAUUUUAAGCCAUACAAGUGUAAGGUUUGGAGUAGAGAAUCGCAAAAAAGGAAAGAAGUAAAAAUGUUGCCUCUAUUUUAAUUUGCUCUCCACAAACUUCUCAAAAGGAAAUGAAACCUGAGUCUGCAGAGUAAAACCUUUUCAAGGGUGGUUUCUUCUUGGUAUUUGAUUGUCAAAGUUGCUGCCUCGUAUUGACUCAAAACUUCCUUAAUGUGUGAGCUUCAGUUUCAGCUCUUGAUGACCUUUGUGUCUUGAAAAUUACACUUUCUGUGGGCCUAAUUUAUUCACUAUACCUACAAUUGUAGAAAACUGAAUGUUUCGUUUCUAGUGCUCCAGAUGGAGGUUAGCCUGUUACUAAAUCCAAUACUAUGUUCAUCUCUUCUACCUCUGCUGCUUUCUGUGGUGACAAACAUGUCAAGUGAAAACUAAAAAAAAAUUCUGUAGACUAAAUUAAAAUAUUUUUGUCAUCAUUUAAAUGGACAAACUGAUGCACACAAGCAGUGUACAGAAACUGCAGUCAGAGUGAUGGUGCUCAGUAACCAGCAGGAUGAACACCAACUCUGUCAUUCUGGCCUCCCAGAGCCUUGACACACAGAUGUUGAUUCAGAAGCCUACACAUGGUUAAACUUGGACUGCCUGAAGGCAGACUGUUGCACAUUCUUAUACCUCUACACAGUAUAAAUGUUAAGUAUUUAUUUUAGUAUGUAUGCCUGAAAGUGCGAAACAACCUGUUGAAGCUUGUCUAGUAUGGAAAUCAUGGCCCUCACUCCUGUAGGUCUUGUGUAUUUUGAUGAUCCAGCCCCUCUAUCUCAGCUCAGAGGAAGCCUGUCAACUGUAUUUUGGUCUAACUAAUUUCUCCAACUCGGUAUGUGUUUCUCUAAACAACACCGAGCCUCACCCCUGAAAACCCAGCACAGUUUUCUCAGUCAACACCAGGUGGUGUGCUUGAACCACUCAGAGGGCCCUGUCACUGGGUGACUUUAUCAGAAGGACAAAGCACCCCUCCCCUGCCUGUGAUUGGUCAAGGCCUAUUCUAUUCAGAGCGCUGGUGUUCAGCCUGUUGAAUGAGGCUGAGUGGCCUGCACACAGACUAACAGACAGAAAGACAGAGAGAGAGAAGCUCAAAGCUCCCAGCUCAGCAUCUAGCUGUCAUGGAUCACAGUCAUGAUUGUAGAGGACGAGGUCAACUAACACACACAGGGACAGUCUGCAUGGAUGACCUUGUCGGUCUUAAAUGUUCCCUUUUUUGUCCAUAAACAAAUAAUUUGUAGAUUAGUCAGGGUUGAGUUUUUUAUUUUAAUCAAAGUAUAAGGUACUUCCAGAUCAAGUCAGCAGAGAGCCGAUAUAUAAUGCUGAUAUGUUACUGUUGUUUUUUUCUUCUUUUGCAUCUGGUAAAAAAGUUCUUAGUGAUGCUCAGAACUCCAGGCACAUUACAAUCCAACCUUUUCUUUUUUUUUCUUUUCUUUUUUUUUUUUUAAGCUAGUAACAUGUUUGUAAUGGAAUUCUGAUGAAUAAAUAGACAAAUAGGAUUUCAGAUAAUGACUGAUGUUUAUGUCAAAAUGAUACUGAAUUGCAUUAUUCUAACUAUCAUAACAGAGUAGAUAUGAAAAACUACCGUGUGACUGUUUUAGGUUUGACCUGCAGUCAUUUAGGAUGGGUUAAGGUGUUCUAAUUUAGGGGGUUGUUAACAGCAGCCACACUGGUGGGACUGCCUGCAGUGUCUGCAGAUUUUAUCGUCAGCCUCGUGGAGCUCACUGAGCUUUGGGACUUUUUGUUAAUCUAUCACAUUGGUAUGUUUGUCUCAGUAAUAAGAGGAGCUCAGAACCACUCCCUCUUAUCUAAUCUUCCACUUCUGGUGCAUGAGCAGCCUCACCUCAUCACCUGCUGCCACAUCAGCACAGUGUUUCUCACACAUAGGUCCUAACUUAGAAGCCUGCUCAAGCGUGUUUCCUCACCAUUUUUAGUCAUUUUUCAUAUAAUAAUGGUCUCAGUUUUUGAUCAGUAUCACACAGAUGAAUUAGUCUUAAAAUUUCACUUUCACAUUAUUUUUCUGGGGGGGCGUUCCCAUGGUCACAAAUGAAAGUGCCUCUCGAAGGGACGGUUCAGACCUACAGCCAAUCAGAUUAAUGCAGCAUGUGAGGUGGCGCAAAGCAACAGAAAUGCAGAUGGUCAGCAGUGAGCAGAAGGAAAAAAACAUACCUUUCUAACCAGUGAAUGCUGUGUGUGCAGUUACAGUUGUGUUCAAAAUAAUAGCAGUCCAACAUCACUGACCAGAUCAAUCACUGUUUUCUGCAGAAAUAAUUUCCACAUGGCAAAUAAUUUAGAAGUAGGUUUGGUAGAGUUAUAGAAAACUGACAGACCCAACAAUCGUAACAAGCAUGCAACUGAUUCUGUGUAACUGAAGCAUUAAUUGAAAAGACGUGUGCAAAAUAACUGUAGUGUGGAGUUCAAUCAGUGAGGUCAUUCAUUCUGUGACAAAAACAGUGUUUAACAUGUGGAUCUUAUUCAAGGAGGAAGGCAGUAAAUGUUGUGCAUUUCUCUCUGAAAAUCUGAGUAAAAUGGGUCGUAUCAGGCAUUGCUCAGAAGAAUGGCGUGCUUUGAUUAAGAAGAUGAUUGGAAAGGGGAAAACCGCUCAGCUAAAAUGAUAUCAAAUGCUUUAAAAUGGCAUCCAAAACCAGAAAGAUCUGAUAAAAAAGAAAACUACCAUUCGAAUGGAUCGCAACAUGUGCAGAGUGGCGGAGACUCAUCCAAUGAUCAGCUCCAGGGAGAUCAAAGAAGAUCUCCCUGGCAAUGAGCCUCUGUUAAGUCCCAUAUUUGAAUGAAUAACAUUUGCAGAAUAGGUAAGAAUUUGCAAAAGAACACAUUGACUGGCCUGGAGAGAAACGGCCCAACAUUAUGUGUGCUCGGGGCCAGAGACAAUUCAAGCCACGGUAGACAAUUCGUGGGAUCAUGGCUCAGUUUGAGUAUGUCAAAAUACUUGAAGAAGUCAUGUUGCUGAGGAAGAAUGCCCCUAAAAUAAGUGUUUCAACAAGACAACGACCCUAAACACACCAGUAAGCAGAACUUGGUUCCAGACCAAAAUUGAUGUUAUGGAUUGGCCGGCCCAAUCUCCAGACCUCAACCUGAUAGACAACUUGUAGGACGACAUCAAAAUUGUUGUUUCUGAGGCAAAACCAAGAAAUGCAUAAGAAUUGUAGAACUUUGGCCCGAACUACACGUAUAUUGAUAUUUAUUUAUCAGGAUAUUUUUGAACUCCCGUCUAAAUAAAUGUAUCUGUCCACACGUGUUAGUUCUCAAAAAUAUCUGCGUCCACACGUAGCCUUCAAACUCAAUCCUAUCUGGUGCCGCUUAAAAAAAAUUCAGGAACAAAGUUACCUGAUUGGCCGAUGAAUCGUAACAGCGUGAUGCGUCAUGCAUUGUUUGCGGAAGCUACACUAGUGCGUCAGGUCCAUGUGACGGACCAUGUGACAAAUAAAAGUAUUGGGCGCAGCAGACGCUUCUGUGAGCUGGCUGACUGGUGGAUGUAAUUGUAUAAAACAAGGUUCACUUGCAAGGCUGAAAUUAGCCCCAAAAGGGCAAA